UGUAAAUAUUGAUAGUUCGGCGGCAAUAUCCUUCGUGAGGCACUUUCUGCUUGACUCCAAAAGCCAGCAUGUUGUUGCUCGUCUUAGCGUUGACUCUCAUUUCCAGCUUUCAGGAAACGAAGCAAGCUGUCCGUAAUCCGUCGAAUCUCGACAUAAGUGGGUAAGUUGCGCCUCUGCACUUCCUUAGAUGAAAUUUAUCAUUGUGUGAAAAAAUCUAGGAGAGCAAUAAGCUGUGACAAAGUUAGCUUAUGUACCAGCAGUUUUUUUAAAAACAGGGGUAUAUAACUACUCAAACUUUUCAACUUUUAAGAUAAAUACUAUGGGUAGUGAUGUUCAUUCUUUACUAAGCUUUACUUACAGGACGGUAUUUUUCAAGUUAGUUCUAGAGUCAGGACUUUUCUUUUACGCGUCCCAGAAUAUGUCAUAAACAAAAUUGGAUAGACAAGACCAUUGUGGAUUCUUGGUAUUUUAGCAAGGUGGAAACGGUUUUUCGACUCCCAGAUGGCUUCAAUCUUCAAUCAAAGUCAUUUCUUUUAUUCCUUUUCAUCCUCAAUACCAUGGUGUAAGCAUGGAUAUUUCCAAUAUCAGUACGAUACCGAUAAUCUAUCCCAACAAUCGGAUAUGAAUUCUCUAUAUAUGUAGCGACAAUUUCUAGCAACUUUAGUGCCAUUUUAACUUGAUAAUCUUGUCAGGACGAAUCUAAAUUUGUUUUGUUGUUUGAAUCAAUGCCAAAUAUACACUUGGUAAGUGAUUAAAAAUGUUAAACUUCUUGCCGACAGUUUCUCUGAGUAAAAAAAACAUUUAUAUUUAUUACUUGAUAUGGUCGUUCCAUGACAAUACUGACUUGAUGGAAACCUAUAUAUGAGAUUAGUAGUCUGAGUUCACUUCCAGCCCUCUAGAAAGGCAAUUUUCUUGUCAUCUUUACACCUUUGGGUGGAUUCAUUUGCACGCGUAUAGCUGUCACACUGUUUGCUCGCUGGAAUGUUUUUGUUUUUUAAGCCUGAAAACAAUAGAAAAUUCCGACAGGCAAAUGCGGCCAUACGGUCAUAGAAACUAUAUAAAAGUGUUUAAAAUGACAUAGUGCAUGGAAACUGCAAUAAGAUUAUAAAAAACUAUGUAAUACUUAAAUACUAAGAAAAACUGAGUUAAAUUGCGAAAGGGACUAUAAACUUGCAAGGUCGAGCUCCUUGAGUCCACAUUAACAAACUGAGGUGAUUGUAAAAGAUGAAUAUGGCACAAAACAAGGUUGAUUUGAAAUAGUUUUUCAUUGGAAAAUAAUGGGUGCGCCAUUCAACCAAAAUUCAGACCGGUCCGACGGGGAAAAGUGGCCCACCUCAAAAGGUGGACCAGUUUUUCGAAUUUUCCGGUUAGACCAAACCGAUCCAUUGAGUUUUGGACCGAAAUUUCCGGAAAGUUUGGUUGAAUCGGGAUCGCGCCCAAUGUUAAAGGGAAAAGUUACCAAGAGAACGUAAAUGUUUCGUGCUCCAUUGUUUGAGGAAAGGGAAAGAAGUUAUGUAGUAGGUCUAGUAGCCUUUCCUUCUUCACCUAGAGAAAACAGAAAUAGAGUUGAGCAGCCGACAAAUUUGAAGGUUAAUACGCGUCAAUGAAUUUCAAGCCGCGAUCUUUAGCAUAUAAUAUGCAAUAUACUUGAACUAUGCCUUGAGGGUUGAUUUCCACUGACGCGUUUUUUGGCUACGAACGUCAACUGAUGUAAAUAAAAUAGAGGCAAGUUAUAAAGUGUUGAGAUUAAACGUUUUGAGAGAGGUUCAACUUUUACGCUUCCGAGCCACCGUUCAUGCAUAUUGCCUCUAUUUUAUUUGCGAACGUAAAUUACGCACAUACGCGCGUAAAAAAUUACGCGACAAUGGAAAUCAACCCUGAGGGAUGAAAAAUAAUUCAAACAAUUAAGGAACUUCAAAAAUCAGUCAGAGGUAUACAAUGUUGAUGGUUCAAAUAAUCAGGAGUUUCGAUUGUUUUUCUCGAUAAAAAGUCAGUAACUGUAGUCGACAUAUCAAACAUGGAAACAGUUUAUGGUAUUUUCAUUAUCUGAUGAUUUGAAUACUCGCUGAUAGUUGCCCAGGAGUAAUGGCUAGACACAACACGCAAACAUUUGAACACCUUAAACUUACACUUUGAUUGGCUUAGAGCAGUGGUAUUUCAACUUAAUUUGAAAUACCGACAUGUGAAAAUUACAAACCUUUUGCGUGUAUUAGUAUAAACAAAUAAUAGCAUGAUUUGUACGUGAUAUUUGGCAUAAAUAGCACUCGUGAUUCAAAAAGUCUCAAAUAUUACGAGUGCUAUUUAUGCCAAAUAUCAGUACAAAUCGUGCCAUUUCCUGUGCAAUGAAUAUGCCUAUUAGUUGUAUCCGUCUACAGAUGAUUUGUUUGGUAAUACUUAGUUGAAAAACAGCAUCAUUUUUAGAAAGGGGUCAGAAAGGAAAAUGUAAUCAUCAUUGCUGGGGUCUCGUAUACCAGUAAACAGGAAAAGCGGGCUUCACUUUCGAAAGAACAAAGCAUGCACCAGCAUGCCUCGGCACAUUUCCGGGAAAAAGGGAAGAUAAUGAAAUAUUUUCUGUUUCUUUCGGGAGAAUUAGUAGAUCAGACUGAGAGCCACCUGGUGGGACACUGUUAUUACUAUUAUUAUUAUUAUUAUUAUUAUUAUUAUUAUUAUUAUUAUUAUCGUUGUUGUUGUUAUUUUUAUUAGUAGUAGUAGUAGUAGUAGUAGUAGUAGUAUUGAAACAACAGUUUUUUUUAAGUGCAUGGGAAAACAAGUCAAGAUGGUCGUUAGGAUGAAUGUUUUUUUUUCUUUUUUUUAAAGCAAGGUUUAUAUUACGUUAUUAUUGUAUUCGGCGCUAGGAGAGUGCACGCAGCCUAAUCUUGGCCGUAGUAUUUUACCAAACGGAGAUAUUUUUGCCUUUGAUCGUUUGUGUACCUUUUUAGCGUCUUGCUUUCUCUAUGCUUUUUGGCCGGUAAUCUUGUACGUAAGAAGGAGGCAAAAAUCGCUAAUUCGAUGCAGUCAAUUAGUAAGGUAAUAGCAUGAUUUGUAGUGAUAUUUGGCAUAAAUACCACAAGUGAUAUUUCGAAAUUGUUUUACAUAAUAAAUUUGAGACAAUUUUUAAAUAUCACAAGUGGUAUUUAUGCCAAAUAUCACUGCAAAUCAUGCUAUUAUUUGUUUAUACUACUACCCGCAAAGGUUUUGUAAUUUUCACAUGUAGGUAUUUCAAAUUAAGCUGAAAUACCACUGCUCUAAGCCAAUCAAAUUGCAGAAAUUUCUCAUGUAGUAGUAUAAACAUAUGAAUGAAUGAACUUUAUUCAAGUGUCAGAGUAUUGAGCUGGAUAUUAGUUAAUUGCGGACACUAAAAGAACAUUCCAAAUACAAGAUAAAAAAUUAAAAUAGGGAUGCUACGAGUGUUAAAAAUCUAUUUCAAAACUUACAAUCAUUUUCAAGGCAGGGAAGGUUCAUAAUAAAAAUCUAAAAAUCUGCAAGGUGGUUUUCACGUUACGUCAUCGCCGCCAUGCUGGUGGACGGUGAACAAAAGAUCGCUCAUUAGCUCUUUUUGUUUGUCCACCAGCAUUUGUUCAUUUCACCGUUGUUAUUUGUGUCUCCUGAGACUGCACGAAAACCACCUAUUCACAAAUUUAAUAUCGCUUAGUUCUAAGAAAAACUGAUACUUAGAUUAUCCACGAAUUAUUUAGUUAAAAAGUGAUAAAAUUCCAUUGCAAACGUGGUUAAGUGAUACAUAAGUUACAAUUGGUGCACGUGCUCUCAAUAAAAGAAGCCAAGUCUUUCUUUCUGAUGUUCCAUGUAAAAUUGUCCAGCGAGAGUCGCUGUCGAUUUCUUGAGGAUAGUCUGGACCAAAGGUAUGGGCCCAGGUACCUAAAAGAGUGUUUUGAUAUCUUGCUGUUGAAUACCGAAGGAUAUCAAAAUCUGCAUUUCUUAGGGAGUACCCUUUGUUUGCAAAAUUAAAAAGUUCACCUAUGUAAUCAGGGGCUAAAGCAUUUCUAACUUGAUACAUUAAAAUUACAAUCUCUUGAAGCCUUCUAUUGUAGAGAGAAGGCAACUUUGAGCGGCGUAGAAGAUCUUGGUACGGUGACUGUCCUACAGUUGCAAAUUGCUCUUAAAGCGCGUUCUUGCAGUCUCUCCAGCUUUCGCCACUCAGAUUGCUUACAAAAAUGACAUAAAGUUUGGCAAUACGUCAGAUGAGGAAGAAUUGCUGUUAGGUAUAGUUGAAGCUUGGUCUUGCAUGAGAUUAGAUUGCGUAGUCUUGCUUUUCCUACUCGCUUUCUUACACUGCACAUUUCGCUUUGCUCAGUGAAUCUGAACAGAUCAUCUAUGUUACUUCCAAAAAUUCUUAAAUUAGCCGUUGGUUUGAGUUUUUGAUUAUCGAUGUCAAGGGUACACUCAUCCUUUGCUUUCUUGUCAAUGUUUCGAGGCGUCAUUGCUAAAACUUGGUACUUCAUUUUCGGGGGUGGAAGCUGAAUAAUGAAUAACGGGGUUUAAAAGAAAAUAAAUAAUGAAAUAUUUGGAGUCAGAAAAUCGGGAAUUAUGAAUAACAUCAUCAAGUCUCGGAAUAAUGAAUAACUCAUAGCUGCUAAAUUAUCCUAUAAAAAUGGAUGACGAAAAAUCAAUUUCAACUUUUCUGCCCAUCGCAAACAUUGGAAUCCGCGCGAAACUUGUGAAAUCCAAAGCGGCAAACCCCGAAAUAGAACUCCUGAAAGCCAGCGUUCUUUCCCUACAGCCAAGCCAAUCCCAUACCACGUAAUUGACAGCCUGCAAAGUUACCUGUCAAUCACUUCAGAUGUUUGACGUUUGGUUCCCCUUUUAGUUCGAUGUGUCGUGUCUACAGUUUACGCCCAAAGUAUUUUCAUAUAUUAAAUUGGAUUCACUUUUCUAAAUCUUCUUUUUGAACAAUGGAAAAAAAGAAGUCAGAGAAGAAGAGAAAUAGUCAUCGACAGUAGGACAAUUUGUUUUCCACCUAAGUUUCUUGGCCCACUCCGCCUGCCAGUAUGACGUCACAUAGUAACGGGCAAGAGCCUCGGGUCGAUUGUGCAAAUUACCAAGGGAUACGACAGUUAUUUGGACGAGCGGGGUCGAGGAAAAGCUAAGAAGCUAGCAGAUAUCGCUAUAUAUCGCUUAUUUGAUCGAAUGUGUGUGAGCUUUGGUGUUGGUAUAAUCUGCUUGUGUAAACCGUUGUGAUAAUUUGUGUCCGUGAUUGUAUAAUUUAGUUAAUUUGUUUCGCCGGCCGUGUUGCGGGAUCGCCAUCUAUUUCACGGGACCGGCAAGGUCAUCAAAACUUAAAUCUUUUUUUGGUCUAAAAUAGGCAAGGUCUAGUCUCCAGAAUAGGAGGUUGCAUUCACAGAUCACGCAUGUUUAUAUUUCAUCUAUUCUUUUGCUAAUUAAAUGGGCCUAACUUCAUAUCAUUCCUUUCGAGUAUGGGCCUCUGUUGAUCUCCUAAUUCUCCAACAAGUUCAGUAAAGCUAGUUCGAACGAUUAUUUUUCAACAACAACAACAACACAUUUUAUUGAAAAUUGGAAAAUAACUAAUUACAUUACUUUCCCACCCGCAAAUAGCUUUUGAACUAAUCGAGGCGGGGGGAGCUGGAGACAUAUUACAAAACAAGAUUUAUAUAUAGAUGGACUAAAUAGCAGUGAAGACACUACAAUACAGUAAAUAGAAUUUAAACUAACAUAAAACAAGGCAUGUACAUAACGAUUACGAAAAGAGGCUAAACUAAAGUAUUAAAUAACUUAAUAAGACGGGAGACUUCGACAUAAUCAUCUUCUGACCGCAAAAAAUUUAGUAAUAAUUCCUUUAUUUUUUUACGAAAGGACGAACGUUUAAGUAUUUUAAUCGAAUAAGGAAUAGAGUUCCAAAUUUGGGCACCGAUUCUCGUGAAAAAGGCAUACAUUUUAUCGGUUCUAGAGAACUUAACAUAAAAAAGAGUCGCUAGAGACAGAUCUUGUCCUGUAGUUAUGAAUCUGACUUGUUUUAAAGAACUGAUUGAGUAUACUAACUGGUGCUGUCUGUCUGUUGAUAUCAUACAAUAAAUAGCUACAAUCUCUGAAAAAUAGGCUAGGCAGGGGAAGGCAAUUUGAUUUGAGAAAGAAGGGUACGGCGUGUUCCUUAGACUUUCUGAAGUAAAUGAGACGUAAGGCCUGUUUUUGUAGAGUUACGAUCUUUCUUUGAAAUGUCAAGGCACAGUUUCCCCAACCACAAAUACGUCAAGUAACGGACAAUUAAUGAGUUGUAAACUGAAAGUAAAACACGACGAGGGACAUAAAUGUCGAAUCUUAGCUAUAAUUCCUAUCGACUUGCUGAUUUUGUGACAGAUAGAUUCGAUGUGGUAUUUCCAUGAAAGAUUUGAAUCAAUCAUUAAGCCAAGAUAUUUUACAUAAUCUUUCAUUUCAAGGUUUGCGUAGGUGUUAGUCACGGAGUCAAAAAUCAAGUUCUAAUCCUAGAUGUGAAGGGCAAAUUCUUUUGCCGGGGACGAAAGAUUACAAAGUUUGAUUUUUUUAUGUUCAAGGACAGUUUGUUGGCCUUUAGCCAUUCGUUGACAUUGCCAAGCUCGCGAUUAACAAGUGUUUCGAGUUCCUUUAGGUUGUUAUUUGCAAGUAUUAUACUAGUAUCGUCAGCAAAUAGAUAAAAGGCAAAUAACGAAGACGACUUGUAAAUAUCAUUGAUGUACAGUAGGAAUAAGAGUGGUCCGAGGACUGAGCCUUACGGCACGCCGAACAAGGUCGUUUCAGCCUCAGACACAACAUUAUUAACUUCCGUAGUUUGCUUCCGAUCAGUCAGGUAUGAUCUGAACCAGGAGUUGAUUACACCUCUAAUACCAUAAUUUUCAAGUUUAGCUAACAAAAUCUCAUGGUUAACAGUAUCAAAAGCCUUUUUGAGAUCGAUGAAAACACCGCACGAAAAUUUACCGUUGUCCAUAUUUUGGAGAAUUGUGUUAACAAUAUCAAGUACAGCGUGCUGAGUACUUUGCUUACUGCGAAAACCGUAUUGCUGAUCAUAGAGAAUGUUGCAAUCUUUGACAAACUUGGUAACUCUGGAGUACAUAAGUUUUUCAAAACUCCUGUUAUAAAUCGAGAGCAGAGAAAUAGGUCGGUAGUUUUCGGGUAGAGUGUCAUCUUCGUCCUUAAAUAUCGGGAUAAUCUUAGCACACUUUAGUUUAGAUGGAAAAAUCCCUGGGCAAAUAGACGGAUUAAAAAUCGUGGCUAGAGGUACGGAUAUGACCCUUUUUGUCAAUUUCAGCAGCUAACUGGAGAUGAGUAGAGACCAUGGGCCUUGUUGUCUUGCAAAAUUGAAAUUUCUAAAUUGACAUCUUCCGGAAUAAUAGGAUCAAAGAAGAAAGUGCGAUUAAGUGGCGGAUCUAAAUAAUCAUAGAAUGUAUUUAUGGUCUGAGGAAUUUUAGAAGCCAGUUUGCUCCCAACAGUGGCGAAAUAUUUGUUAAGAAUAUUGCUUAUUUCCUUCGGGUCACUAGUUGGAACCUCAUUCGGGUUCGAGCGAAUAGAGUUAGUUGAGUGGCGCUUGUUUUUCUUUUUACAGUUUCCAAUUAGCUCGUUAAUUCCUUUCCAAGUUUGAAGCGCGCGCGUGGGCGGAGCCCCAUUGCUAAGGAAAUGUACCCAUCCCAGAAAAUUUGGUAACCACGUGACCGACCGACCGACCGUCCGUCCGCACCACAGGCAUACCAAUGUUUACUCUCACACUUUCUAGCUACUUUGGGAGCCCAGGAGAAAGCUGAUUGCACAUCAAUGUUGUCAUCAAUUGACAGCUGUCAAAACAGGGUAUCCGCCGACCACUAUCACCUGACCGAAUCGCGGGCUCAGGUUUCGACCCAUCGAGGUCGAGUAUUUUUUUGAAGUUAUCCGCUGACAAUCUACUCGUUUCCAAAUGAUCGCAGGCUCACGUUUACUUUUGUUUUAAAUUCAUAUCAAAUAUGUUGUGUUUUUGUCAGUAUCGCCCCGCACUAUUACGAUUUUGAUUUCAAACUGACUUCAGACGCAAAAAUUCAGCAUUAAAAUACAGGCGGGGAAGACCUUUUCUUACCAUGGGCACGUGUUGGUCACGCUCCACGUCCAAUUUUUAUGCUCUGAUUGGUUAAAAUUUGACAGGUGAGUUCAUGCGUAAAAUUUAUGCAGCAUCUUGAAAGUUGUUUACUUUGACAGCUGAAGCUGACAGAGUUUUGAGUCAACUUGUGAUGUUUUUAACUGUCUUUUUCCACUGGAUGUACAAAGUGAAAUACAGCUGCUAUCAAGAGUGUUCUCUUAUUCAUGGCUGGUUUGUUUAUUGGGUUUUUGGUUGAAAAAUGCUUGUCAAAGCCGAUAAUCCGAUUUCGGAUGGCAUCGUUUUUGUUUUUCACCUUGCUGGAUGCGUACGAGAAUUAUAAAGGCUCAAGCGAUCCUUGCCUUACUUGACAGCUUUCAGGAGCUGCAUCUCGACAUAUGGUAAGCCUGAGUAAUUAUUGUAUUUAAAUCUAAUUUCAUGACGUCCAGCGGCGCAGUUUAUGAAGCUAGUUUAUGCACGUUUGUAUUAAGAUUUGACUGAGACACUGAUCUGACCUCGUAUGAGGUUUGAUAUAAGCUUAAGCUUACAGAACUUUACAGUCAAACCAGGUCAAGCGUUCCCGUCGCUAACGAACUAAUGAAUUCAUUCACGGAAAAAUGAUUUCGUUUGUUGAUUCAAUAAUCCAUUCAUAAAAUGAACAAUCCAAUAUUCAUAUUUAGCCUCGAUUCCAUAAUCGAAUGUUGAUUCGAUUACUGUUUUUUGAAAAACUACACUUUCCACAAGUUGACCUCAGAAUUUUGUUUUUUCCUCUUUUUUUUCUGAGAGUCGAGUGCCGGCGAGUUCUGAAGUUCAAACCCAAACAAACUGUUACAUGUACGCCAGUUUGCUGCCAGUAAUCAGUGCAACAGACCCAGGCCUGACCUCUUAGAAAACACAACGGUCAAACUAAGGUCAGUGUAUGUGCGGUGAUUGGUGGAUUUCGAUCCUCGGCCUUUGUCAGUUUCUCAUAGUUUCUUUGCGUUUGCGGUCUGUCUAUUCUAGCUGUUAUUUUGAUUAAAGGCAAUGAAAAACGCAAUCGUAAACGGCAGGAAAAAGGAAGCAAAUACGAUUGAACACAACAGACAAGAAUAAAGAACAGGUAGAUUUUGCUCAUAAACCAAAUCGACAUUUGAUUAUUGAAUCGAGGUCCAAUUUGACUGUUGGAUUAUUCAUUUUAUGAAUGGAUUAUUGAAUCAACAAACGAAAUUAUUUUUCCAUUAAUGAAUUCAUUAGUUUGUUAGCGACGGGAACGCUUGACCUGGUUUGACUGUAAAAAGCCUUUAGUCGAUAUUAAUUCACCUUAAAUAGAAAGAAAAAACUUUCCGAAGAAUAUUUAGUUAUAAUUUUGGCUGUAGAAAGAAAGCUUUGAACGAUUUUCUUUUCGUGAGUUCAUCUUUGAAAACAGCCAACACCGGGAAACCGGCGGCUUAAAACAUAAACUUUAAGCUUACUAGUAAAGACUUGAGGAUUCUUAGACACACUUAAAUACUCAUUUGUUUUCGUGAAUGAAAAUUGUUGUCUCUGUAAAUGUUCUAUCGAAUUAUUUUUCUUUAUUGAUUUUUGGUAGUCUCAAAAGUGUAAUUUUCAUCGCUUUGCCGUUUGUUUUCAGGCGUUCAUAAACAUCGCUCGCAGGAGUAAUCAAAAUGCCAAGCGUAUCAAACGCUUUUUAAGAUUACACAUCGUUAUAAAACCGUUAAUAAAAAAUAGACUCAGUAAAUUCUUUAUCACGUUGAAGCGUAACUCUUUUAAAAUUUCUUCGCAAAUUUGGCGCUUGUCAAAAGUUAGAACCGGCUGGCCAUAUAGGUGAUUUUAGAGAUUUUUUUAACAGUUUCGCUAAUUAAAAGUCCACGCGUGCCUCUAUGGUCCUGAAUAUUGAAUGAAUGCAAUUUGUCUUGAAAAAUUGUGAAAUACUGCAUUUUGUACGAGGUCUGUAUGAUAAAAACAGCGCCUCAUAGUACUCUUUCUCCUCAGAUGUGGUGUAUAAAAAAAAAUAAAAGAUUGGUUUGCCCGCACCCAGAUUUAUUGGCAAGAAUUUGUAAACUUGUCGAACGCAAAAAAUUCGGUCUGAUUUGUUUUCCAAGAAUUUGUUUUACACGCCUUAUCUACUGUGAUCAAGAGCCAUCAUUGCUCUUAAAUGUGACCGAAGACUAUUUUUUGGGUGUACAUAUAGGGCUAUAUCAACUCGACACAAAAUUUGUUUCACUCCAAAAUCACUUAGCUUUUCCCUCAAAAGUCACAUGAAUGUGCCCUUACGUUAACUGAUUUGUGGAAUACAAAAUUAUUGUUUGAUUUAAGUUAUAAAUUUAUCAAUAGGAGCUUCGCUUUUAGCUGUGGCUAAAUAUAUAUAUUACAUAUGUUGAGAUCAAAGAAACUUUGGUAGUAGUUCGCUUUACUUAAUCUCGUAAGAUAGAUAAUUUUAUUUCUGUAAAAUUUGUAUUUGUCACGGUCUGAGGUAUAGAAGAGGUUAUUCUUUACCCUGAUUGAUUUUCUUAAACCCGCAGUCAGCCAUGGUUUAGCAAGGAAUUUUUGUUGACGAUUGGAUAUACUUCUUAAAGGGGCGUGUUUGUUAAUUGUCUUGUUGACGCAUUUGUAAAACCUGGAGAACGAUUGAUUGGCAUCGGUAUGUUUGCAAAUAUCAUUCCAAUUAAUAUUCUGCAAGUCGUCAAUGAAAGAUUUUGCAUUGAAAGUAGAAUAGUCACGAACCUUAGUUUUGUUGUUUGGAAAGAAUGGUUUACAGUGCGACGUUAAUAUGCACAUCUGAGAGAAGUGAUCUGUUGUAUCGGACACGAUAUUGCCGCUGACUAUAUUAUUCUCAGGAUUAUUUAUGAAAAUAUUGUCAAUUAAAGUUGCUGAACUUACCAUAGACUCUAGUCGGCUUAUCAACCACUGGGAACAUUGAAAAACUUUGCAUUGUUUGGAGCAAGGUUUGUGUGUAACUACAAGUUUCAUAUUUUAACAUAUCUAUGUUGACGUCUCCCAUGAGAUAGAUAUUUGGAUUUUGACGACAUUGUCGUUCAAGAAAAUCUGUCAAGUAUUCUAGAAACUCAUUAGCGUUAUUGUGUUGCCCAUAAGUAACACCAAAUACAGAUUUCUUAUUGUUAGGCAGAUGAAGUUCAAUGCAUAGGGCUUCAUAGCAAGAAUUGGAGACUCGUUCAAGGACGCGGUAUUGACAAUUUUAUCUACACCGAGUCGAACGUUGAACCCAAUAAUGCGAUGUAAAAGCUAUUUCAAGAAAGGGUGCGGAAAAAGUGCACGCGACAAUCCCGAAAGGUAUUGUGGGUCAUUUUGAGUGCAGAGUUUUUCCAAGAAAUUUCAAAGAAUGGCACGAGAAGCCAUGGACGUAUGUUUGCGAGUGUCAAAGGAAAGCAAUAAAAGUAGAUUCGAGAGCUACAGUGUCAGGAAAAGUGCAUUGAUCAUAUCCCAUAUUGCCUUUCGGGAUUGCCGCGUGCACAGUUUUUCCGACAACCUUUCUCGAAAUAGCUGUAUUUGAAUUCAUGAUAAAUACAGCUCCAUUAGCUUCAAACAGCGUCUACGGCAGAGAAAAAUUGUUUUGAUAUAACAAAAUUACUUUUCCAAAUCAUGUGUGUAACUGUGGUGCAGUGGUCAAGGAAUUGCGUGCACCUGAAGAAGUCUUGCAGAUAAACAGGGUUCCACUCUCGGCGACGCUGUUUUCUGUUUCUUUGUACUAUUUUUUUUCUGUUUUUUUCUCUUUUUUUAACACUAUUUUUCCUUUUGGCCUUUUUUUCUUUAUUCUUUCUACUGACCCUGCUGGUCAAGCACUUGGAUCAAUAUUGACAUUUUGAGGUCAAGUCAUGAGUUUUAUUUUGGAAAAGGGAUUUCAAAAGCUCUUGAUCUGCAUACUGGCCAAGCCUACGACCAGAUAAAAACCAUAAGCGGUCAAGACAUGUCCCUCCUCUGAAACAGCUGAAUUUUUUUCAAUGUUAGUUGACAUCACGACAAACAACACGCAGUACACCACAAACUGUACAAAUUUGCAUCUAACACCCACCAGUGACCCACUGGCGAAAGCUAAACUUGCCUUUUGUACAGCGUCUUAAUCAUCAAUUACCCUAAAAUCUCCACUGGGUUUGCCCCCCAAAAAUAAUUAAACGAAACCUUUUAUUAGUUUUCGGGAUUUAAUUACAGAAUUACAGGCGUAUGCCCAAUACAGUAUUAAAAUGCGGUAAAGCAACAAGAUUCAAUGCUCACAGUCUCUCACAAAUACCUGUCAUUUAGCUUCCUCUACGCUACAGCUAAGCGAACUUUGAGAGGAAUGAUAUGGGGUUCCUCUAGCUCUGAACAGCUGAAAAUACGCACAAUGUAAAGUAUAACACAUCCUUUGAUGAACCUCCUAUUGCUGUGUCUAAACGCCUCAAUCUUGUUGUGCACUGGCCCUUAAAAGUGUGACCGGUCGGUAUGAUUGCCCGUGCUCGCCAUUUUGAAAGUCCCUGACGCGAGACGUGACGUCAUACUGCCGGGCAAACUGUAGCAUAGAUUUCCUUUGAGACACCUCGCCCCCCCACCUGUUCUUUACAAUAAUCGCGUUCCUGGAAACUUGAAAAGUGACGUUUAGUGCACAAUCGGAGUAGGUCAGUACAAACGUUCCGUUCUUUUAAUCAGCUUAUUAGUAAUCAUUUGAAAGAUUUUAUUCUCGAUGAUAUUCAAACAAUCAAUAUCUUACCAUCUCGUCUUUAUUAUAUGAUUCGGUCCAGAUCGCGAUCACCGAAAAGGCGUCAUCAAGAUAAGAGUGCGAGCAGUCUCUUAUCUUUCUUUUGGACACGGUAGAAUGCGUGCUCGCGCGAGGGGCGAGCGGGGAAUCCGCGAGAAACGAGGGAUGACUGGUACAUUUUUCGCACUGUAUUGGUGUUUUGUGUUAGUAUUUCUUUUACCUUCAGUAUUAUUCCAUAAUUCUGCUGGCGUCACUGGCCUAUUUUUCCUUAAACACUGUACCUUAUUACCGACAACCCUGGAGAUGGGUAGCAUAAAUAACUGAAUAUAUUUUACGUAAAAUGUCCUGCGGAAAACGCUGGAAAUGAUAUUUCCGAGACCCUAAAUUAAAAAAUUUUCUCGGGGAGCCCCCCAGAUCCCCUUAGGUUAGGCCACCUUCGGCGCUACAACUUUUCUUCUCUGCGUGCGUACACCCUCUAAAUCUCUCGCUACCUCGACCCUCAAACGUUCCUGUAAAACGGCUAAAACAUUGUCGUGACAGUUAUGUUUCCAGUCCCAAACUGCACUACCGUGGUAUGUCACACGGCCUUCCCAUCGGCUCUCAUCAAUUGUUAGCGAAUAUUUGACAGAGGCUCAAGAUGAAACUAAAAUAAAAGCCUAUCCCCUAAUAAUUAAGAUAUUGGAUUCUGUUCGUUACUUUAGUGAUAGAUGAAAUAGUCUAUAAAGUUGCAAUAUAAGAAUCUUCCAUUGUAAUGUUCGAUAAUAUUUGGACAAUUUGGAAACUAAUUAAUGACUCAGCGUCAAGGUUGCCAUGAAACGUAGACCUGCCAAUAGCUGAACAAGUGAGUAACCUGGUAGGUGGUGCAGAAGUUAAUAUAGUAAUCUAGUAAACAGAAUUAUAAAAAUAACUCAUGCACACAAUUUGCAUGUGAAGAUGUUGGUCUUUGGCCCUUUUACAAUUCGUACGUAAAAAAAAGACAAAUUUUUUUACUACAAAAUUUUCUCAAGCGAUUUUAAGAAAUCACCUCGGUUAAAUCUCCGGGAUAUGCUAAUUACCGGGUAAAGAGUAGUAGUGAUACAAUAUAACAUCAGAGCAACUCUUUGCUGGAGUUUCUGUGAUGUUAUAACCCGAGUAAGAUAAUUAAGUAUUGCAUCCUACACGAUGAGCCGUGACGUUCACAGUUUCGGCUCUCACUGCUAUCUCUGACGACAAGCCAAUUAUUAGCAUAUUCCGGAUAUUUCUUCGGAAAGUAAUCGAGAGUUCUUUUUGAUACAAAUUUAUAUCUUUUGCUAGUUGUGCACGUGUAUAUGAAACUUGAAAACAAUGCCAGUGAAUAAUUAGGACGCUCGCUUGUAAACACAAAAUCUAGGGGGAAAAUUGGCUAUGUUUGAGGCCCUAUUUGAAAGCCUUCCCUAGCUGUUUUCAAUGUUCUUGCAACUUGUAGGGAAUAUUUCUUGACGAUUGAUCUCGAGAUUGUCGAAUUUACAAAAAAUUUAUCGAGCGGUUUUUGGAAAAAUGCGAAAUUAUUAGGCAUGGACCUAAUUACGUCCAAAAACUGUAUCAAAAGCAGCUGAAUGCAAGUUAAUAAAAUUCUUCUUACUCGCGAUCGCCCAGAGCAAUUCCCCUCUUUUUUUGUAUGCAGUUUUCAAUGGAAUCAAACCACUAUGAGAUGAAGCCGCGUUCCCAAAGCUUAUCAUUUUCUUAAAAUAUUAGCGAAUUGUGCGGCUAGCAUGCUAUUUCACUGUGUUUAUGAUUCUUAAAACUGCAUUUCAAAAUAUUUCGAAAACGCUCUCUUUCAAACUUUGCCAUAAUGGAGGCAAUUAUGGCAGGUACGUACUCCCUUAAACGAUUUCCUCAAAAAACUCCUGGUACAGAGAAACACAAAGAUAAAUGAAAAACGUAAUGGCGUCAUUACGUUGCCAUGGCGACUCCGAUUGCAAUAAAACCCAGAUCAUAAGAAAUUUUCAUCUUUAUAUAAUACAGUUGUGGUAACGUUUUUUCCAUAUCUUUACUCUUGCCGACGUAAUUAAUGCUCAAACUUGAGAGGUAUCAACUCCAAAAAAUCCAGUCGAGCCACCUUAAGUUACGCAUCUUUGCUAAAUAAAAUACGUUUCAGAAACUAUAAUACUUAGUAUGCAGGAAGGAUGUAUCAUGUUGUUCACUUAUUAUCCUUUUUUUUUGUUUUGCCAGAACGAAAAAGGUCUGUUGAACUUUGUAAGCGAGAGAAUAAUAUUUUUAAAGCUUGUUUAUAGGAUCAACAAUACUCGGUACAGCUUUCACAAAAAUAAGCUGCCUUUUUAAACUUCUAAAACCACAUUUUAUAGGGCGCAUACUUUCGAAUUAAAGUCUAUAUCUAAAUAUCAAUUAUUGCUUCAUUGGAAGAGCUUUGAAAAAGAUGACCUUUUAUACUCUACCCAGUUGUAGCAGGUGAAACAGAAUACUGACGUGCGUUGUGCCGAUAGCCGAAUUAGGUCAGAAAUGCCUUGAAGCAGCAUCCAUACUAAAAUAUGAACCCUUAAACAGCUGCAUCACUGUACACAGCGUUUGAAUCAUGAAGAUAUUUAAUGUAAUUCUUCCAAACACCUGUAGCCGUAAUAAAACACGAAAAAAUUGUGAAGAAUCAAGAUGUCGGUCUCAAAGUGCCCUUGUUCGACUUUUACAGAUGCAAUGUUUAAAUAGAUGCCAAGAUCUCAUUGGUUCCUAAGCAUCAACUCAUAGAACCUUCAACCUUAUUGGCUCUUGCAACAAACAUCCCAACAUACAAAGCCACAAAGAUACAUACACUCACACCACUGACAUAUGAGCUAUUUUUUCAGAAUAGCUCAAAAAUAGAAUAGCGCUUGCUAAAGAUAAGAUUGAAUGUGCACUGAAAUGUAAACUGUUUAUAGCCAAUGCGAAUUGCAUUGUAGAAAAUUUCGGAGAGGAGAAUUGAUACAAACACUAAAAAGUGAAUAAUGAAUAUCACGGGAAAUUUUGAAAUGAAUAAUGAAUAAUUUGGAGAGAAAAGCAAAGAGUAAUGAAUAAUCGUGAUCCAAUUAUUCAGCUUCCAUCCCCGAUUCAUUUCGGUUGGCAUGGAGAAGAUUUGCCUUAUACCAAUGUGAUACAUUUUCCGCUUCUUUUGUGAGUUCGGAGAUAACAGCCGUGGUAUUAGAUCCACUUUGCCAGACGUAGUUAAUCGAUAAACCGAUAAUCGAUAAUUAUUGAUAGUAAUCGAUAUCAAUCAUCGAUGAAUAUCGAUUUUCAAUAUCAAUCGAUAGAAAUCGACAAAGAAAAAAGUUGUGACAUCGUUCAACAAUAACACGAUGUUGUCCGCACGGCAUUAUUGAGUCAUUCAGUCGUGAUAUUAAGCCCCGUCCAAACGGACGCAACAUUGUUGGAUGUUACAUGUUGCGUCCCUUUGCACACCCUGUUGCAUGUUGUUGGAGGUUGUCGCGUGUUGUUGCGCAAAGUUUGAAACCGGUCACACUUUUCAGCCAAUAACUCCCAAGAUUUCUUUUGCCAAAGCGUAGUGCAACAAUGUUGGUUCCGUUUGCACAGCUCUUCCAACAUUUUUGGUGCCACGCACGCUCAUUACGCAUGGUUUACAAAGACUUAUAGGUUGUAUUCUUCCCACGAUGCACUGCAGGUCCCAACAUUGUUGGGAGUUGUUGCAUCCGUUUGCGCACCACUGCAAACACGCACGCAAUAACUCCCAACAUUGUUGGCGCAACAAUGUUGGGAGUUGUUGCGUCCGUUCGCACGCAACCUUAUGCAGUUCUUUUAACUGAUAAAAUACUAAAAGAACAAAACACUAACAAGAACAAAUUGUUCUGCGUUUGAAAACUUUUAGCUUAAGCGCAGUUCAUAAUAAGGAAAGAAAUAUUAUGCGAAAGUGGCAGAAAAUAAGUCUCUGUGGCUGUAGCAAUUUUGCGGUCCAAAGUCGAAAACUCGAACUCCGCGUAUGUUACACAGUAUCUUUAUUCCAUAAACAUUCCAGGUUUCAAAAGACAAAUAGAUCCAGAGCCGAGUCAACAAAGUCAAGCUCAAGCAAAUUCACGAUGAAGUAGGUCCAAAUAUAAGUUCGAAUAUCCUACGCACAACGAGUUAGGUUUUCUAGAAUCAAAAUACAUGCUACAAUAAAUAAGUUCAAUGUUUAAAAGUUCGUAAGGAAAAGGCCGAAAUACAAGUCAGAAAACUUACGGACUGUUUUUGAGUUCCACUCUACUAACUAAGGUUCCACGAGCACACUUCCAAAGGAAUCUAACCUGAGAGCAGGCUCUAUUUUCGUUUCGCUUUGAAAAUUACAUUCCGGCGGAAGAGAGAGAGCCUGAUACAAACCUUUAACGGAAUGUCUGCCGCCCACUUUUUUGAUUGAUUGACAUUUGCCGAAUCAGCCAAUCAGAAUUACUUUCCGUUGCUUGUUUUUCUAGUAUGCAAAUUUUUCAAGCGAAGGAAAAAUGCACACAGGCUGACUUAAAAAAUAGCUUUUAUCUGUUAAUUUUUUCAGCUAAAAAUAAAACAGUCAGCACAAUCACAUUUAACUUCUUGCGAGAUCUCGAAGGUUACUUCUGUUGGCGUAGAAGGUAAAACGUUUUCGAAAAGACGGCGACACGAUGUCCUACUAGUUUUAUUUUGGCUAGGCGCUCUGGAAUUUAAAAUACUGAAAUCUCUAUUUUUCGUUUUCUUGAGAUUUUCCUCGGCAAUUUCCCCCGAUUUUCAGUACAUAAAUCUUUAAAAACAAAAGCAAACAGCCAACGAGCGAGGACACCAGUUUUCUUGGUUUAUUUUUAACAAAAAGCGUAGUCAAACAACCAGUCUGUGAACACUGAAAAUUCCCUGAACAGCGAUGCGAUAUUUUUCGUCUAAUACUUCACAGUUGGCGAUUGAGGUUUCUUUCGCAGUGAGCCUCCGCUUGCGUGCCCCGUUCAGAGAAGUCAUUCCCGGCUAAACUUUCAAAUGAAACCAGUUUUAAGAUGGACAGUAUUUUGAUCUGCACCCGUUUGUUGGUAAAUCAAAAUGCACCUUGUUAGCGGUCAACAAUUUGCAGAGGGAUUCAACUCCGCGAUACACUCACUUUCCGUAAAUAAAGCAAAUCCUGAGAAGAUAGGAACAACCACAUGAAUUUUCUGAAUUUCCAUGGCACACAUUAAGGCAUAUUUUCCUACCAUAAGACCAUAAAACAAUAAAAAAGACAGCAAAAUCGAUCCUUCUCUCCACCGACGACCGAUCAUUCACGAAAACAACCACGCGAGGAAGAAGCGCUUUCAAAUUCCGGCGUUUCCGACAGCCAAUCAGAUAUUGUGGCAUUGUUCUAACAGCCAAUCAGCGUUACGGCCAAAAUCUGGCCCUAACGAGCACAAACUUGUAAUAGUUUGUAUCAGGCCCAAUUUCAGCGGUAGCCGUUAGAGGGAAUGUAUGAGAACCGCUCAAAUUGGGCCUGAUCUCAUGUUAAAGGAAUCCGGUUUCAAAAACACGUGGUUACAUUGCAGGCACGAAAUACGUGCGCAGCGGUAGUAACAAGCAACUACGUAAAUAUGGAGCAUAAUAAAGAACAAAUUCUGUGUUCUUAUGAUUUUAAUACGUCGCAUUAAGAAAGAACUACGUCUGGAUUAAAUGAACAUAUAAAAAUCUAUAAUACAAACCAGGAAACUAAAGAACCAAAAAAAAACUGGAAUCUGGUGAAGACUGCGCCUGGAGUACUUGCUGAAGCCAUCAAAAAUAAAAUGUGUUAAGCAAAAGCCGGUCUCAUGGGUGUUUCUUGCCAAAUAGCGUCGUCAUGUUCAGAAUAUUCACUUAAAAAUCAUUGCUUUUUUAUCGAUUACUAUCGAUUCCUAUUGAUUUUGAUUAUUAUCGAUUUUGUUAAUCGAUAAUUAUUGAUAAUUUUUUUUUCUGUGACCUCGAUUUCUAUCGAUUUCGGAUAUCAAUCGAUUUUGAACGGAGGAUUAAAUCGAUUAAUACCGAUGAUAUCGAUUGAUUUCCGAAAUCGAUUUUUAUCGAUUAUGAUCAUCAGCAUACGUGAACAAGUUACUGGUGUGUACGUUCAGAGAUAAGUCUUAGUCAAGGACCAUAGUAAUGGACCGAGUGGUCAGCCGACUUUGCGGGCAACUCCUUAACUGAUCUUUCCAUGAUAUAUAUUUUUUAAUUUAACGCAGUUUUUUCGCUCGAUGAAGUAGGAACGCAUUAGUUCUAAGGAUAUAUCAGAGAAUCCGUAGGCUUCAAGUUUCUUAAUCAUUAGCGCAUGAUGCAACUCUUCAAGUGCCUUGCCCAUGUCCGUUGACAAAACCGCUACGCAUUCCUUGUUAUCUAUCAGCUUUUCUCCAGUCCUCCAUUACACGGAUUAGGUUGUUCUCGCAGCUGUGCGUUUUCCUGUAAGCAGGCAAUUUGUCAUAUAAAUGGGUAUCUAUGCUCUCUGUGAUUUGUUGGCUGAGUAGUGAUUCGAACACUUUUGCUACUGUGUUCAGGACUGUUAUUGGUCUGUAAUUAGCAUAAUCAGCCAUGUCCUCCUUUUUGAAAACUGGGGUCCAGACUCCCUCUUCCAUUUUCUCGGCCACUGCCCACUUUGAAUACAGGGCCGAGUUGUUCAAAGCCGGGUUAAGAUAACCCAGGGCAGGAGUUGGUGCGAGAUUUGAAUUUCGAUUUCAAAGCUUAAAAAGGAUUUCAGUUUUAAUUCUUUUUGUCUACAAGUUGAUGAUUGAAAUCUCUAAAUAUAACAGAGAAAAUUAUCCGAGAAAAUACUUUUGAAGACAAGAAAGAGAAACCCGGGUUAAACGACUGGGCCCAGGGCCCAGUUGUUUGAACGCCGGUCAGCGCUAACCCGGGGUUAAAUUUUAACCCUGGUUUCUUUAUCUUUUUAUCUAAAGCACUUUCUCGGAUAAUUUUCUCUAUUCUUUUUAGAAUAUCCAAUCAUCAAAUUGCAUAAAAAGAGAAUUAAACUAAAUUUGCUUUUUAAUCUCUCAUGUCUGAGUUCAAAUUUCGGACUAACCCAGGGUUAUUUUAACCCAGCUUUGAACAACCCGGCCCUGGUGUUUAAAAGAUUUGCUAACGAAGGUGAAAGACUAAAGACCAUUCUCUUCAGGGAAUUGUGUUAAAAAUUGCAUCUUAUCCCGUGGCUUUUUAGCUUCUUUAACUCGUUUUUGGCUGCACGAGAUUCUACCUUGUUAAAUUCAAAGUGAAGACUGUGAUAAGAAUGGCGAAUUGCUUCCACGCUCACAUGCUUGUUGAAGUCUUCUUCGCCGAGUUGAAGGACAUGCUAACCUCCAAUUUGGUUUGCCAUUGUUGCGAAGUAAUCUCAAAAUACUUCCGCUAUAUUUCUUAGGUCGCUAAUUAUGCUGUCAUUAAUCCGUAUGGAAAUGUUUGUGGGAUCGGUUACUUUUCGAACUUAGAAAUAGGUUGAAGGUCUUAUAGAAGUCUGUUGGUCUCUUUUUCAAUCCACUGGACUUCUGUUCCUGAUAGUUUUUAAUAGCUUUUCUCUUCUCCCUUACAGCGAUCUUUCUCCACUUCCGUUUUAGUUCCCAAGUUUUAGGUGAACGAAACCCGCGUGUACAUUUGUGCAUACUUUCUUUUCGUUUUGAAGGUCAAGUAAUACGGGCAACAUUUUCAACUUGUCGCGAGAAGGUUAUCUUGAUAAAUAAUUCAUAAAUAGAUAGAUAGAUAGAUAGAUAGAUAGAUAGAUAGAUAGAUAGAUAGAUAGAUAGAUAGAUAGAUAGAUAAAUAAAUAGAUAGAUAGAUAUUCUGUUCAUUUCACCCACUUGCACCAAUAACUGAAUUGUUGGGGAAGGUCAUUGUCACAUACUAUUAACCAUUUACAUACACUCUAUGAAAUUAUAAGUUACAAUAAAUGUAAAGUGUGACUGGCCGAGUAAUGCUAAUCGGCUAACUACUAUUGAAUGGUACUGAAUGAAUGACUGAGGACUGAGCUUACCUUUUUCAACUGACUGAUGAACUGAUCACGAUUAUCCUCCUAAUAGUGAUUGGACACUGCUUUAGGCAACGUGAAAAGGGAUUUUAACGCGUCGCAUCAUGUUGAGGUUAUAUUAAUUCUAUAUCUGAACCUGAGGCUUUUAAUCAGUCUCUCCCAAGAUCUGGAAAGCAUCAUUAAAUAUCGACUGAUUAUACUAUUAACUUUUUUUCAGGCAGAACGUCUGCUCCAGGGGGACUAAACAGACACAGACAUACUGGACGUUCGUACCAAUCACAGUCUACACAACCAUAACUAGAAGAUGCGGUUUGUUCGGCUGGUGGAGAUGUAAAUCGUCACGGUAAGCAAGAAGUUUGCAACAUUGAAGUAGUGCGGUAUGGGCAACAACAUACUAAUAACAGGCAUGGAUCCACACCGGUUUCCACCGUUUUACGGAAAUCGGUGACAUUUUUCAUAAUAUAUUGUAUUUUAAUAAUAAAAACACUUUCUAUGGUAAAAUUUGGCCAAUAUCCGAUCUGAAUGACUCGGAAACCCAGGAAAGGGGACUUAACGACUAAAAAUCCAAAUUACUUCCUGAGGGAGCACCCCCCCCCCCCCCCCCCGACCCCGCUAGAAGCUUGCGCCUUCGGCGCUCAUUAGGAAAUCGGUCAUUAUUUAUUCUAGAUCCGCGCCUGAAUAAAUACCUUAUUAGCCGAGUUUUCGGUCCGUACUGUAAAUCACGGACCGAGUUUUUUCCAUCGAUUUAUGGCCCAAGCAUGGACCGAAAAAACAAGGCUAAUAAGAUGUUUAUUAUAUGGCUUCUUCCUCUUUGGGGGACCGGAAACAAGUGCAGGACGCACGAUUUGACAGUCAUUUGACAGGUGUCAAAAAAGAAAGUUUUUAUUGGCGCACGAAAACAAUAGCACAUAACAAAGCCUUUCCAAUAAAAUAUCAUUAUUAUAUGGCUGAGUCUGUUUUCGCCAUGCGAUUGGUCAAUUUGCGGUCCGUAACUUGCUAUACGGACCAAACUUUUUCAAGAAAAUGCUCAUUUCGGAGGUCUAAAUCUCUUAACCUCGGAAAAAUGUUUAAAUAAAGUUCUAAGACGACUGUCAACCGUUGAGGACUUGGAUGUUGACUUUGGCCUUCAACAUUUUAUACUGUGUUUAUUUGUGAACGAAGGCGAUGAAGAAACUAACUCGUAAUCUUAUCGAAGAGGAUUCUAGUCAGUGUUUGAAAAUUUUAUCAUAGUACACAGUUAAGCUGACGAAAAUCGACUGGCAGAGAUUCGAGAUGUUCUGCCUAAGAGAAAAUGAGUAAUUCCUUCAAAAUAUAUGGUAACAAAAAUACCUGCACCCGAUCAUCUUGACAAGCUUCUUUGCCAUUUGCAGUGUUUUUUCAACGACCAACGAAAGAAAGAUAGAAGCGAGUUCGAGCCAGACACAAUAAUGUCCAGUUUUCAAAAGACUCCAGCGUCACAUUACUCAGUGAAUACUUACAGUGCUCUUAGUUCCACCGAAUAAAGUUUGAAAUAUGUAUUUAAACCCUGUGGACUGGGAUGUUGAAUUUGCCUUUCCAAAUAUUAACCUAGCUUUGUUAUAAUGAGAACGAAGCUGUUAUAGAAACUGAAUCGUAACCUUACAGUGGAAGAGAAUUCUAGUCAGUGUUUGAACAUUUGAACGCAGAUCACAACUGACGACGAGAAUGACCUGGCAGAAAGAGAGGUUUUCGCAAAAACAAUUAACCAGCGAAUCCUUCGACAAUGACAACAAACUCACCUUGAAAAGCUUCUUUGCGUUUUGCAGUGUUUUUUCACAAGGACAAACGGAGGAAAGAUGGAAAAGACUUCUAGACAGACACAGUGUCCGGUUUCCAAAAUACUCCAGCGUUACAUUAAAGAACUAAAACUUACAGUGCUCUUAGUUUUGACCGAAUAAAUAACAAUUAUUCACCGAAGUGGAGGUGGGUAGUAUUGGAUAUUUGCCGAGGCCGCGAAGCGGCGAGGAAAAUUUCCACUACUAGCCACCGACACAGAGGUGAAUAAUUGUUUUAGUAUAUAGUAUAUACUAAAACAGUGAGAUAAUUGAGCACGAAAUGAUGAUUUUUAACUCAUUUACUGUUGCCAACGAUUACAAUUUUGGCACGCGAUGACCGAACGGCCACGGUCGUCGCUUUUUCUUAGCGACAAAUAAAACUUUUGAAGGCGUUUGUUUAGCUCUUGCGGGGAAGUUUCUUCAAAAGGAGUUGUGAAUUCUUUUUGUACUUAAAAUAAUUCUGUAAAAAAGAUUAUUAAAUGUAGUUUUAAGCUUAUUUAUGAACAAGUCAACUAAAUAAAGUAACCCGGCAAGACUUAAGCUUAAUUUGCAUUUGUAAACAAAAAACUUUUUCACCGGUUUUAUCGAUAAAUUCAAGUCAAAAAGACAAAAAGCUUUACCUGUUAAAACUUCCAAACUGAACUUCGUCACCUUCUUCAUGUAUUUCGGAAAUAGCUUGCUUGAUUAGUUGUGAAAUUUCUUGGUUUGUUACGGCAGCAAACAGGGAGGGCAUUUUGCUCUCAACCUACGCGAGUUUGGCGUCGCUCGCUCGGAGGAAUUGGAGGUGAAUCAGUGAAUAGUGCAGGAUAUUCACUGAUUGAGUAGCCAAUCAGAGCGCGCGAAAAACACUAUCCACUGUUUUAGUAUAUACUAAACUUUUUUAACACGGCGAAUUUGUUUUUACUUUCUCGGAAAGCCUUUGUGAUAUGCUGUUGUUUUCGUGCGCCAAUAAAAGCUUUCUUUAUAACAUAGCGCUCGUGCUUGUCCUAUACAAGUCCUAUUGAGCCGCAAUGAACAAAAUCUUUAUUUACGCACGCCCGUGCGUAAAUAAGAUGACGUGUUCAGCUGUGUUUUUCGUCCCUUUUCCUAAGUACCCAAAAAUCGACGGCAAUGAUAAAAAACUUUCUAGACUUUUUUUGGAAUUUAGCUUCCUUCUAGCCACUCAAAGCAACAGCAAAAGCAGUGACAUGUUUCGCAAAUAAUAGAGCCUGCAUGAUUCGUUGAAACUUGAAAGCCUGCCGUAAAGACUUACAUUUACUUGGGAAAAGGCCACAAAUUGGUCUGUGUCGGAAAAUAUCCAAUUUGUACAAAGUGCCCUCCGUUUUUAACGUUUGUUUUAUAUCCUACAAAACAAGUUAAUUAAAAAGUAAGCUCAUCAGCAAAAAAUUAUACACUUUUGUUAUCGCCGAACAAUCCGACUGAAGCUGGAAAAUUUCUCUUGCAAUAACAAGACAAAUUACACAAGACAUGAAUUUAUUUCUCACAAAAACAACUGCUGCCGCGUCUUCUCAAGAAGCCGUAAUGACCAGCCAUUGUUCGUAAAUAAAUAUAAGGUUAACGUAGGAUGACAGUCGUCUUCGCUGAAAAACAAGUUUUCUGGAUUUCGCCGAGCAAACAUAAACAUCUUUCAACCAAAUCCAAACCGUACUCCACGACUUCUUACGAACAUGUGAGUAUUUUCACUUUAGGCGGACUUUAAGACUCUUUUUCCUUUGUUUCUUUUAAGUUUUCAUUGAUAGUUAACGAAUAAAUAAGCAAAUUUUCUUUCCCAGUUUUACACACAGAAUUUUCAUUCAAACUUAACCAUUGUGGCGUGUUUGUAAUCAGCCAAUAGAAGCGUUUGUUAUUGUGUCCCGCGUUACGAGAAUUUUGUAGUUAAUCGAGAAGCAAGCAUUUUGACAGCUAUGUUAUAAAAGAAUUUGCUCAUGCUUUUAGCUGCGCGUAUAUCGAGUUAUGGAUGCACUUGGGAAGUUUGGAGAGCACUCAAGAAGCUAGAGUUGCACUCGGCUAUGGCCUCGUGGAACUCUUACGCAUCUUUCAUGCUCUCCAAACUUCCCGCGUGCAUCCAUAACUCGAUAUACGCACGCUAAGCAUGAACAAAUUCUUAAUUUUUGACACCUGUCAAAUGACUGUCAAAUCGUGCGUCCUGAACUUGUUUCCGGUCCCCCAAACAGGAAGAAGCCAUAUAAUAAACAUCUUAUUAGUCUCGUAUUUUCGGUCCGUACUGUAAAUUACGGAUCCUCGUUUUUUUCCAUCGAUUUAUGGCCCGCGCGCGAAAAAAACUCGGUCCGUAAUUUACAGUACGGACCGAAAACUCGGCUAAUAAGAGGAAUAUACAGAAAAUUAUAAGAUGAAGUGUGCAGUCUCAACUAAAAAGAAAUUCUCGUUGUCUUUUUUCACUUUAACUUUUACCACCUUACCUAUCUGCUGACACUGCAUGUGCCGAUGCAUAGUGUCGACCCACGACUGCUCAGGUAAUCACUUUUGGGCGUAACAAUGCACUUUUGAUUAAGGUACUUUAUGUCACCCACUUAAGACCCGUUUAUGGUUGACAGCCAUUGAAUCCAAGGCGAAAGGAGAUACAGGAAUUCGUCAUCUUACACUCUUCCAGUUAUGCUCCAAGACAGAGGACGAAAAUGGGGUACGCUGAUUUUUAGUCACACAAUAUCAGAUAUACGCCCCAAAUCUUAAUUUCAUGUGCCACGUAUAAGGUCAAAUUAGGGCAAACACACUUUUAACCAAAAUCUUGGAAGAGAUUCCUACUAGCAUGAAAACAAUCAGCUACUACCAGUUCAAAAAACAAUUACACACGAAUUCUGCUGCACUCUUAAAGUUAACUACAGACAAACGACUGUUUCACAUAUUUGCUAUGACACCUAUCGCGCAUAAUAAGUAAUCCCAUUCAUAAUACAGCGGUGUUUAGCACGAAAGCCAAGCUCCUCUGACCACCGUACAAUUCUAUCAAAGCCAUUCAUUUCUUUUUUAUUUUUUUUUAUUUUUUCUCUUAUUUGUUAUUUCAUUCCUACGUUACUAUAUAAAGGGUAAAUAUUAUAUAUAAGUAGGAAUAAACUGAACAGAACUGGAUUGAACUCCCAUAGGGUGUAGUUGCUCUCACAUACGAAACACUCGUUAUAUCUUAUUUCAUAAUUUUGUUUUAUCUUGGAAUGGAUUCCGUUUAAAAUUAUAUUUAGAUUGUUUUCCUUGAACUAAAUAGGCACUCUAAGGUAGUACAUGAAUUAAACAGCGGUCAAUAGGCCACCUCGGAAUUCCAAAAACCCUCAGUUUCAAAAUGGGGCCAAGUGCACAACCUUUGUUGUGAAAAUGAGUUUCAUUUGCAUCAGAACGAAAAAGCAGUUCCAUAUCAAAGGCUGAACACUUAACUUCGUUUUGAUACAGAGGCCCAGGGAAACUCGGAAAUGGCCUAUUCAAUGUUUGCUUUUUAAAUUCCAUUUCCGGGGCUCAAAUCCCGCCCUAACCCCCAGGGGAUAUUUUAAUUUGUUCGCGGUACGUUUAUCGGUAUAGUAGUGCCGACUUCAUUUCCUAACACUCGCUUGUAAACAGCUUACGUUUUUGCUUCCUGCCAGAUGGAUUUCGUAACCUUGCUAUGCUUAUUUGACUCCUUUCAGUUAUUUACUCGGUCCAGCCAGCCUUUGUAUUAUGAAUACUACCGAGGAUUAUUACCCCUUCUACGGUUUUGAUUUUGUAUCGGUAACAGUUGUUUUAACCUCGUUCUGUUCCUUGUGUUCCUUGAAAGACCAAAAACAGUCUACCGCUAUGUUCAGAGAACAAGAAGCAUCUCGUUGACAGUCAUUCAUUGCUGUAGUGGAUGGCACAAGGCUAACUCCAGUUCGAGAGAAUGUGGACAAGGUACAUUCCAGAGACUCUUGCUAGUAGUGGGGGAGGGACCGAAUUAACCUUUUUUUGCGGAUUGAAUUAACUUUUUGAGCGGUAUAAAUUAACACAGAUGACGUCAUGCAUCUCAUUAAGAUAGGAUGAUGUCAUAGUUUAAAUUAAUGCCGGUGACGUCAUGCAUGUCAUAUAGAUAGGAUGAUGUCAUAGUAGCUGGCAAGGAGCAAGUGACGUCAGAACUUCCUGGAGUUGACGUCAUCAAAAAAUGUUGGGAUCAUAAUCUAUAAACAGAAAAGUGAUUUUUAUAUAAUAAGCUAUUUGCUAUAGUGUUCUGAUUAGAUAUUGUUUGCUAUAGUCUUCUGAUUGGAUAUUGUAGAAACUGUCAUGUGUUCAAAAUAAAAGCGGGCAAAUUUUGAACGUGUCAUCUUUGCAGAUUAUACUAAAUGAAAAAUCUUUAAUCAUUAAAUUAUUUUCGCUAAAAAUCGGUUAGCGACAAAACCAAGACACAGAGGUUAACUGAAAAAUCUUUACUUCAAAAGAAGGGAAAAGGAGGUUAAGCGAAAGCGAAAUCGUAUUAAUUUUUCGGGCAAAACAUGAAAACGAGGUCGAAGCUCAGGGAAGCGAAAAACUGUCUAUCAAGCAGAAAUGUCAGUCUUUGUUUACUUGACUCUGUAGAAAGUAUUGCACAGGGUAUAAAAAUUGUAUAGAAAACAACAAGUGGUUCUAAAGUAAACCCUAACUCUUUUGGUUCUUGAAUAAACUCCAUUCUAGCAACUAAUAUGUGGAACGUCUGUUAAGAAAAAGAUAGGAAUAAUAGGUGCGAUCGCUUAGCAACACAUGUCUUCUUCUUUAGCGCUAAAAAUCGGAUAUAUAAACAAAACACACACACACAUUCACAAAGUGGAGCUGAAAACUCUCUAUUUCAAUUAUGACUCACAUUACAAAAGUGUUUUCUCCGUUCCAUCUCGAGGAAACGACUAACUAUUGAAGUCUCAGCGCUUGAUGAGCUUAUGGUCUUGUCAAUUCACGCGCCGUUAGUCAGUUAAUUAUGCGAGGUCACAAGCCCAAAGUUGAAUACAAAUUAGUUGGUCUCUACAGCUAGACCCAAGGGAGGACCUUGACGUAUUAUUAUUUAAACAAUUUUAAAUAACUCAACAAGGAUCAAUUUGAACACGCGACUAAUAAUUGCUAGCGAUAAAAACACAAGAGAGAUACCGUUUUAAAAACUUUAUUAAAAGUCAAGAACAAAAAGAAUCAAAUACACAGCAAUUUGAAAGGAAAAGGAAUGAAAAUUAAUCCUUUGACUGACUAUUACAAAUCAGUUUUUUCCUUUCUAUUUCGAGGAAUAAUAAAUAAUACUUCGGUGUCAACAUGGUUUACAAGAGAGUUUGCAGAAACUGUCCUAUUUCAUCGUGUGGGGCGAAGUAUCUUGUCAGAUUAGCUAACCAUCUCGCGGAUGUUCAUCAGUCAGACCACAUACAGCGAAGACAGUAUUUACAAGAGGCGAAACUGCAACCUAAAGUUAAAGUCGUCGUUUACGAAAGUGAAGCGGAUAAUUCCGGAAAAAAUCACUCAACUAGUACUCGCAACCAGUACAGACACAAGAAACGGUGUACGAACUGUCAAGAUCAUGAAGAAAUGAAGCCUCUUUUGAAGCAAAAGCUAAAAGACCGACUACCAAGAACAAGACAAAGCGCAAGAAACAAAGAAAGUCGAACUCUUGGCUUCGAGGCCAUAGGAAAAUUGUGUAGACACGGAAGGAUUAUUAAUUCAUUAUUCCUCGAAAUAGGAGGGAAAAACUGAUUUGUAACAGUCAGUCAAAGGAUUAAUUUUCAUUCCUUUUCCUUUCAAAUUGCUGUGUAUUUGAUUCUUUUUGUUAUUGACUUUUAAUAAAGUUUUUAAAACGGUAUCUCUCUUAUGGUUUUAUUGCCAGCAAUUAUUAGUCGCGUGUUCAAAUUGAUCCUUGUUAAGUUAUUUAAAAUUGUUUAUAUAAUAAUACGUCAAGGUGCUCCCUUGGGUCUAGCUGUAGAGAUCAACUAAUUUGUAUUCAACUUUGGGCUUGUGACCUCGCAUAAUUAAGACUCUGUUUACAUGGAGUGGGGGACCCCGGUCUAGUGGGGUUGGUUUCUUUUGUUUUCACGCUCUGGGGGACACAAAACAAAAGAAACCUACCCCACUAAACCGGGGUCCCCCACUCCAUGUAAACAGGGUCUAACUGACUAACGGGGCGUGAAUUGACAAGACCAUAAGCUCAUCAAGCGCUGAGACUUCAAUAGUUAGUCGUUUCCCCGAGAUGGAACGGAGAAAACGCUUUUGUAAUGGUGAGUCAUAAUUGAAAUAGAGAGUUUUCAGCUCCACUGUGUGUAUGUGUGUGUGUGUAUUUUGUUUAUAUAUCGGAUUUUUAGCGCUAAAUAAGAAGACAUGUGUUGCUAAACGAUCGCACCCAUUAUUCCUAUCUUUUUCUUAACAGACGUUCCACAUAUUAGUUACUAGAAUGGAGUUUAUUCAAGAACCAAAAGAGUUAGGGUUUACUUUAGAACCACUUGUUGUUUUCUAUACAAUUUUUAUACCCUGUGCAAUACUUUCUACAGAGUCAAGUAAACAAAGACUGACAUUUUUGCUUGAUAGACAGUUUUUCGCUUCCCUGAGCUUCGACCUCGUUUUCAUGUUUUGCCCGAAAAAUUAAUACGAUUUCGCUUUCGCUUAACCUCCUUUUCCCUUCUUUUGAAGUAAAGAUUUUUCAGUUAACCUCUGUGUCUUGGUUUUGUUUCUAACCGUUUUUUAAUGAAAAUAAUUUAAUGAUUAAAGAUUUUUCAUUUAGUAUAAUCUGCAAAGAUGACACGUUCAAAAUUUGCCCGCUUUUACUUUGAACACAUGACAGUUUCUACAAUAUCCGAUCAGAAGACUAUAGCAAACAAUAUCUAAUAAGAAGACUAUAGCAAAUAGCUAAUUAUAUAAAAAUCACUUUUCUGUUUAUAGCUUAUGAUGUCAACAUUUUUGAUGACGUCAGGAGCCCAUCAAAUGGAGCCUCCAUCUCCCAUACAAGCCCUUGGAGUCAACCCUUUCCCGAGUAGAUUUAUAAUUAGAACGCUUCCCAGGGGAGACAUCGUGCACCGACGGUGGGAAGAGCCAAUCACAACGACGAAAUGACGCUGCUAUUGUACUUCAUCAAACAGCAGGAAAUUCGUGUGCUGACAGGACAAACACAAUCAUAAGCUAGUAAAACGCGACUUUAGCGUUUUCAUCCCUCAGAGAUUUUCUUUCUUUUCUUUCCAGUGGGUAGAUAAUACUGUGGAGAGUUUUACACUCUGACUAUGUUAAUCUUAAUUUUGGUUGCUUGUCUCACAUUAAGAGGCCAUGAAGCUGGUCUGUUACAUGCAUAAUGAUUAACUACUACCUGCAGUCUGUAGUUCUGACAGGACUCGUUUUCUUUAGCCACUUUUUUUGAGCGUUAAGGUUCUUAUUUCGGCUAAAUGACUCAAUAUUAAUCAAAUUUCUAGUUUUUCUAGGCUUUUUUUCCGAAAUGCGUUUAUCUGAAUAAAUACUUGUAGUCCUUGUGGUUGUUUUGUCCGUCAGCUAGUGUGAUGAUUCCCUGCUAUGUUUUGUAACGCCGGGCCCAGCAAUUGUUGUCUCGCAAAAAAGUGAUCUACAGAUACGAAUUCGAAGGAAAGAAUUGAGCCUAAACUUCUACAUUAACUGCUGAGAAUUGUCCUGUUAGUCAGUCAUGAUUCUUUUGGCUCAGAUACAAUCCAUUUUGUUUUUCUUGAGAUAAGUGGGUCUUUGGACUGGAGCGCGAUGUCACAAAUUCCUCCGUUAGCAAAUUAUUCACGGUCGAGCAACUUUUGUCUUCGGUUCAACUUUUCAAGAGCCAGUUUUAUCAAGCAACUCUCACGGUGAUACAAGUCAGUUAUAAAGGAAGACUUCAAUUUCUCAAAUUUCGGAACUGAAGCAUUCCUAGUUAGUUCCUACUUAGGUCAUCGCUUUUACACGCGAUGCUUAACUGGCGAAAUCCACUCCACGGUGAUGACAAAAAUCAAAUGAUCCUGACACUUUUUCGGCGCUGAUCAACGAAAAGUUCCAAAUCGUCCACAGAACGCUUAAUCGUCGACUCUUUUCAAGGUGCAUGCUUAAAUGUGGGAUGUAUGGCGGCAAAAAAAAAAAACACUCGCAAAGAUAAAUAGCCAACUGGUUGCCUUCUGCCAGUUGGGGUUUUUAAUCCUGUUAUGUUGUAUUUAAAUUAUUUGUUUCUAAAUAUUUGAGUGGAGUGCCUGUAAAUUAGCUGACUAGCUACGUGCACCUUCCACUAUAAACAUGUCUUUAACCUUUCCGUGAUCCUCAGUUCGCUGCCUUUGUCCCAUCGCCUCAUGCUCAGUCUCAGUCGGGUAAUUCAUUAACUUUUAUUUCAUGAUACCCCAGAUCCCCGCGGCUGUAAAUUGUAAAAAUGGACGUAUAGUAAAAAAGGAAAACGGUCGAAGGAUGGGCUUCUGAGUUCGACUUCAUCCAACUUCAUUUUUUUCACGUUGACAUACGAGACUCACAGAAAUAUGACACUUUUCGUGGGAAACAAGCCGUUCUAUUUAUAAAUCUACUCGGGAAAGGGUUGACUCAAGAAAUUAAUAGAGAUGGAGGCUCCAUUUGAUGGGCUCCUGAUGACGUCAACUCCAGGAAAUUCUGACGUCACUUGCUCCUUGCCAGCUACAAAUAAACUAUGACAUCAUCCUAUCUAUAUGACAUGCGUGACGUCACCGGCAUUAAUUUAAAUUAUGACAUCAUCCUAUCUUCUUGGAAUGCAUGACGUCAUCGGCAGUAAUUUAAACUAUGACAUCAUCCUAUCUUAAUGAGAUGCAAGACGUCAUCUGCGUUAAUUUAUACCGCUCAAAAAGUUAAUUCAAUCCGCAAAAAAAGGUUAAUUCGGUCCCUCCCCCACUGCCCUUGCGAGAAUAGGGACCCUAGUCAACUGAGCUGAUUUUGAGCGAAGCACGUCAGCGGGAAGGGGACGUUUUGUUUUUUGGGCAGUGGUUUUGCCAAAUUUUCAGGCAAAUCGCCUUAAUGUUUGUAAGAGCCGGACACUUAUCUUCAAGGCAUUUUGAAAAGGUACAGGACUCACUUCCGGUCGUAACCUCCGAUGAGCCGUUCUUUUUUCGGGGAAAGGGCGUAAAUCGGCGGACGGAAAAGAGGAGGAAAACUUUCCUUUUCGCCUCCCAUACAAAAAGGGAAGAAGGAAAGCCGGAUCGCAGGUUAUUCCUGUUGACGUGCGUCGCUCAAAAACGCCUUUGCUCGUUUGGAAUCGUUUGUUUGGCUCAUGUUUUGCGAACGCGACGGUGCACAACGUUCAAUAGCAUUCCUUCCUAUUAUUUUGAUCUUUCUGACCAAUAAAAACUCCUCCAUAAUUUAUUCCGUCGUAAUCUGUGAACAAAAGAACAAAGGACAGUGUACCGUCAGGGAGUUCCAAAUGAUAAAUUCACAGCUGCACUGUUGUUUUUAUGAGCUUGGAUGUUUGCCGUCUUUCGCAACACCAGACCUCCUAUUAGUAACUAAUGUAUGCUCUGAUUAUUAGUUCCCUAUAAUCACGUUAACCACUCUAUAUGAAAGCACCAAAUUCUCCAAAUUUAAUGAUGAUAAUCUUUGUUGAGGAUGCCAGCUUUAGUUAAACUAGUGAUUUACAGGAGGGUCCUCUUAGACUAGAACGACUAACGAAAAUAAUUAUUAUUAUAUAUUAUUAUUUAGAAGUUAAAAGUUUAAAAAAUUACAUGAUAAAAGUUUAAAAACAUGGUACAAGUUCUGAAAAAUGAGAUGUACAUCAAUAAAUUAAAACUAAGAGUCUAAAAACAUACAUUUAAUGACAUACAAAUAAUAACAUACAAGUAAGUAGAUUUACUUAUUAACAGGUGCUUUAAAAUUUCCCAGCAUUAUGUUUUCUAUAAACGAAUAGUGUAACGUCUACAGAAACUGAGGUGUUGCAUUGGUCGGGGAGUGAAACAAAAAAUUUUUUUUAUCAAUUAAGUCGAUAAAGUCAAUUUACGUCUUAAAAAGGAUGGAAAUUUGACGUUUCAAAUGUACGCCGUUAGUCAGAGCAAAAUAUUUGACAGAGGGUAAGAGCUCAAUGUAACCCCCGGGGAGAGCCUACCUUCAAAUGUAAGGUACAUACAGGAAUAUGUGCCGCGGGAUGGGGUAUGGUCUAUCAGUAAAAUCCAACUAGUAGUCUACUAUCAACGUUGCGUUCUGAUUGGUUGAGCUACUACUAAGCUAAAUGUUAUAACCCACUAGUAGCGAAAAGUGCCGGCUUUGAAAAUCAAAACAAUGGCGGCUAAAUCGCGUUUUGCUAACUAAAAUUGUUUUGUCUCGAUAUGUUUGACCAACUAGUUGGAUUUUACUAACACAAUUAUUCCUCUCGCCCUCAUGGCCUCAGAGUCAAUAGCCCAUUCGGGCUCGAGGACAUAAUUGUUAAUUAGUUACUCAGUGCUUAAGUUUAAUUUAGAGAUCCUGUUAUGUUGUAAUUAAGAAUUUUUUCAUGCUUAGCGUGCGUAUAUCGGACGAGUUUGGAGAGCACGAAAGAUGCGUAAGAGUUGCACGAGGCAAUAGCCGAGUUAUCGCCUCGUGCAGCUCUAGCUUCUUGAGUGCUCCCCAAACUUCCCAAGUGCAUCAAUAACUCGAUAUACGCACUUCUAACCAUCCAUUUUUCAGCUGCAAUGAAAACCCUUGUAUUUGGUAAUUUAUUCAAGCUUUUUAGACUUGCCAUCUCAUUCACACGGGAAGUUUAACACUUGGGAAUAAAGAUGAUCAAAAGACAAAUAUGACAAUCGUCUUAUUCUUCUCAUUAUCCGCAACAGCAAACUGCCUGUGCGAAUGUGAUGGUAAGUCUUAAAAGCGUGAAUAAAUUACCAAAUGCAAGGGUUUUCAAGAUUGCAGCUGAAAAAUAGAUGGCUCGAAGUACUGGGGUUGGUGGCCUUAUUUCUCUUCAAAACGGCAACCUGCGACGCUAAAAACUCUUGAGAGUUUUUCGUAGACGCUAUAUUCUGCUUUGUUAAGAUUUGUUUCCAAAAGAGAGGGACAAAUACAAAGGAAGUUUGAUGAACAGAAGUUCUUUAAUAUCACCGCGCACUCAGCUUAAAAUUUUUCUUCUUAAAGUGCUAACUGUAUUCGCCGUAAAUUUCUGAUUACUCUGUUUCUUGCAAUAAAGCUUUAGGUAGGAAUGUCCUUUCAGAUAGGAGAUAGUCUGUCGGCACUCUUCCUCUAUUUUACGUCAACUUUCACAAAUGUGUUAGCGUAGCAUUUUAAGGUUAAAUUUGACCAGCAUUUUGUGCAGAGAGUUCUACGGUCACGAUUGCUUUCAAAUUUGCAGAUGUAAAACAAGAGAGCUCCGAGGCUUAUUUGCUGGAGUUAGGGAAAAAAUCUGUCGUGGGAUUUCGAAGUUAUUUAUAUUUUUCGUAAAACUGCGGUUUUAAAUAUAUGCUGAUAUGUCAAAGGUUUUAUACCCACAGGAAAAUAAAUAACAUUUUCUUGAAGUUCCAUUAUUUACGGUGGCCCAUAAGGGACAUCUCGAUAUUUUUCAUUUCCACUUAAUAAUUUGCGAUUUGACUUACUCUCGAUCAAAGUUUAUAAAUAGCAAUACAAACUUAUAUCUCUCGAUUUGGACUUAAAACUCGCGAUGGUAUGUUAUAACUCUCGAUCGCAGCUUAUAACCCGCGACCGCCACUUGUAACUCGUAAUUGCGACUUACAACUCGCGAUCGCCACUUAUAACUCCCGAUCGCUACUUACGAUUCGCGAUCGCUACUUAUAACUCGCGAUCGCCACUAGUUGUGCACGUGUGUAUGAAACUUGAAAACAAUGCCAGUGAAUAAUGAGGACCCUCGCUUGUAAAUACAAAAUCUGGGGGGAAAAUUGGUUAUGUUUGAGGCCCUAUUUAAAAGCCUUCCCUCUUUUCAAUGUUGUUGAAACUUACAGGGAAUAUUUCUUAACGAUUGAUCUCGGGAUUGUCGAAUUUACAAAAAAAUUUAUCGAGCGGUUUUUGGAAAAAUGCGAAAUUUUUAGGCAUGGACCAAGUUACCUCCAAAAACUGUAUCAAAAGCAGCUGAAUGCAAGUUAAUAAAAUUCUUCUUACCCGCCAUCGCCCAGAGCAAUUCCCCUCUUUUUUUGUAUCCAGUUUUCAAUGGAAUCAAACCACCAUGAGAUGAAGCUGCGAUUCCAAAGCUUAUCAUUUUCUUAAAAUAUUAGCGAAUUUUGCGGCUAGCAUGCUAUUUCACUGCUUUGAUGGUUCUUAAAACUGCAUUUCAAAAUAUUUCGAAAACGCUCUCAUAGAAUUUCUUCAAACUUUGCCAUAAUGGAGGCAAUUAUGGCAGGUGCAUACUCCCUUAAGCGAUUUCUUCAAAAAACUCCUGGUACAGAAAAACACAACGAUAAAUGAAAGACGUAAUGGCGUCAUUACGUUGCCAUGGCGACUCCGAUUGCAAUAAAACCCAGAUCAUAAGAAAUUUUCGUCUUUACAUAAUACAGUUGUGGUAACCUUUUUUCCAUAUCUUUACUCAUGCCGACGUAGUUAAUGCUCAAACUUAGGAGGUAUCAACCCCAAAAAAAACAGUCGAGCCACCUUAAAUAUACCGUUCUUAGCAAAAGGUACAAAGAAAGUCAGUUUUAUAAGAUUACUGUGAUUGUAGCCAAUGAGCCAUACACCAAUCAAUUGUACUUGGAAAAAUCGACUUGAUUUCUCUUUACUUCCGUUUACUUUGAUACCACAGUAUUUUAAGACGUUCAAUUGAUCAAAAACACCCUAAAACAAACGAAGUUUGAAGACAAAACAGUGAAAUCCACAGCCUUCGCUUGUUCUCAUUGCCCUCCAUGACUUCGUGAUCUUUCCAGACAGUACGGCGCAUGCGUGAAGCGUGGAAGUGGGAAACAUGUUUUCGGUAUAAGUCUUUUUCGUCCGAGUUGGCAGUCAAAUAUCUCCACGUCGGGCGAAGAAAGAUUCAAAUAUCUCCCCUCCCCUGGGAGAACAAGAUCAGUCAAAUGCCCUACCCCAGGGCCAACAAAGACAAUCAAAUCCCCACCCCAUGCCCUGCCUCCCCCGCCGGCUUUACAUUGAUAGGUGCAUUAGAGGAUGGCUUUGUACUCCAACAAGUGAGCGUGCGCAUAUUCAGAACCGCCAUCGGGACGAUGCGACAUAGCGGUUGUUACACGGAAUUACUUUGCUGUGACUUUUCUGGUCACUCUUUUCACACUUAAUGCCUGUGGAGCUUUUCCAAAUUAUAUUCCUAAUUUACGUAGAGGCAAUGGAGAUGGAGACGCCUUGAUAGAGGACUACUUUGGUCUUGGUUUCAGCUACUCUGAAGUGAGUAGUCUACUAUGUUGGAAAUUAAGCCUCGUUGGUGCGUUCCCUUUGGGUUCGUGUGCGUUCCCUUCGCGAGGAAACGCUUGCUACGCAGGCUAGUGGUGGUGGUGGUGGCGAUGGGAAAAAAAUAGAAAUGUGGCGGUGGUGGUAUAUAGUUUCACUAUUUACGAAGCAGUGUUGAAAAAAAAGGUGAGUGUAGGGCCGAUGUGGGAUCGAUGUAGGGUCGAUGUAUAAAGGUCGAUGUAGUGUCGAUGUGGGGUUGGUGUAGGGUCGAUGUGGGGUCGAUGUGGUCGUGGAUAGAAAAUAUGUAUAAUAAAAUGAGAAGUUAUAAGUAGCGAUCGCGAGUUAUAAGUGGCGAUCGCGAGUUACAACUGGCGAUUGCGAGUUAUAAGUAGCUAUCGCGACUUGUAAGUGGUGAUCGGGAGUUGUAAGUUGCGAUCACGAAUAAUAAGUGGUGAUCGCGAGUUAUAGGUAGCGAUCGCGAAUCGUAAGAAGCGAUCGGGAGUUAUAAGUGGCGAUCGCGAGUUGUAAGUCGGGAUUACGAAUUAUAAGUGGCGAUCGCGGGUUAUAAGUUGCGAUCGAGAGUUACACGUGGCGAUCGGGAGUUAGAAGUUGCUAUUGAGAGUUAUAACUUACCAUCGCGAGUGUUAAGUCGAAAUCGAGAGAUAUAAAUUUGUAUUGCUAUUUAUUAACUUGGAUCGAGAGUAAGUCAAAUCGCAAAUUAUUAAGUGGAAAUGCAAAAUAUCGAGAUGUCCCUUAUGGGCCACCGUACAUUAUUGUUUAUUAAGGAUGCCAAAAAUUUUAGAAAUCGGUUGAAUCUUUCAUUCUGAAAAACGCAAAUCAAAAACAUAACCAACACGCAUAUAAAUAGGUUCGGGCAACCUUAAAUGUCACUCUUUACGGCAGACUUUUCAACGAAUCAUUCAGGCUCUAUUAUUUGCGAAACAUCUUCACCGCUUUUGCUGUUGGCUUGAGUGGCUAGAAUAAAGCUCAAUUCCAAAAAAAUUCUAGAACGGUUUUCAUCAUUGCCGUCGAUUGUAGGGUACUUAGGAAAAGAGACGAAAAACACAGCUGAACACGUAAUCUUAUUUACGCACGGGCGUGCGUAAAUAAAGAUUUUGUUCAUAGCGGCUCAAUAGGACUUAUAUAGGGCAAGCAUUCGCGCUAUGUUAAAUAAUUUAAAGGAUAAUCUGCUUGAUCCAGGGUUAUAAACUAGAUACUAACAGAUAAUUUGCUUCAAUAUUCCCUUUUCUUUUCCAUAUAUCAGCGAUAUGUGCUCAAGGAUGUCACUCCAGUCACGGGAGCUGUGUUGCACCCGAUAACUGCCAGUGUCAGUCCGGUUGGACUGGUAACAACUGUGCGCAAGGUAUUCUAACUUUCCCACUGGUUGCAUUGUGUCCAGAAAUCUACAUGACUCGGACCUCAUUUACCUCAUAUUACUCCCAAUUAUUUGCAAUUUUAAUAUGGCAUCAUGUUUCACAGAAUUGCUCGCGUUUAGGUGAGGUAGAGGCUUGGGAACACUUCGUCUAUCACGCCAAAGGGAUGAAUCUCAUAAGCUUUAUCGAGCAUGACCCACGGCAAGGCCUCAGUCUUGUUCAUAUCGGUAAAACACGACUUUCCUAAUUUUCUUUUUUGAUCACGUGAUUAGUCACUUACGUUCUCAUAUUCUUUUACUUAUCGUAUCCAAGGAUGUGCACAUUAUUGCAAACAUUGCUUAAAAAAAGAGAUCGCCAGUUUAAAUUUCAAGUGGCUGAUUUUGUUAAGUUUAAAUGCAGUUUUUUUUUUUCGCUCCAUAGACUUAGAUGAAUGUGCUGUAAACAAAACUGGAUGUGAUCAAGUGUGCACUAACACACAGGGUUCUUAUCAGUGCAGUUGCAAUCCUGGAUACACCAAACGUGGUCAUGGAUGCUAUGGUAUAUUCACAGUUGUUAUCACUUUUAUAACUGGCAGAUCGCUAUAUAUUUUACUUCAAUUUUAACACUUGCAAAUCUAAAAAGAAUUCCCUUUCUGCAACAUCUAGAUCUACAUAUGCGUUUCAAAUUUUCUUUUUCUGUAUAAGCAAUACUCUGAUUUUUACGUAGCCCUUCAUAUUAUGAGUUACAUACACGAAUACAAUAAAUGCGAUUCUAUGCCAGUAAAUUAAGCUCUAGCAUCCCAAACAUUUGAAAGCGUUUGCCUUAAUUUUUCAACUAAGUAAAGGCCAACUCAGUAAAACUAUUUUAACAAACAUAGCGCAGUCUUAUUGAUCAGCGUAGAGUAUCGGUAAUCUGGGACGCAGUCAACCUCGCUCUAAGAUUCUCUUCUUUCCUUGGCAACGAGGCUCGGAUGGGUCAAUUUUCUUUCCCUGGGAACGAGGCUGGCAUGCAGUGAUAUAGUGUCUUCUCUAAAUAGAGUUACAAAAUGCAGCAUAACAUGGUCUAGUUAAUAGGCCAAGGGCUCCAGAAGCACACUCCAUUAAAAAUUCAUGGAGUACCCUACCCGGGUCUUUCAAUCGAGGCGAAUUAUUGUCUUUUAUGACUAUUGUUCAUUUCGUACCAGAUAUUAACGAGUGCCUGACAAUAGUUCCCAGCCCCUGCAGUUGCGGUGUAAGCGGCGAGCCUUGUGGUGCAAACUGUACCAACCUUGUGCCCAGCUUCACUUGUUCCUGUGCACCAGGAUUCCAGCUUAGAAGUGGUGGAACAAUUUGUGACGGUAAAAACUACUACUUUCUUGUGAGAAGAAAGUGUUUUUGUGUGUCGAAUGUGUUACGGAUGUCAAUAAAUGUCUUCUCUUAUUUUGAUAUCAUCUAAUAAUAGUCUCUAGGAAUUUCCAGCUUCCGAAUCUUACUGCAAUUUAUCAUUUUUUUGUGUGUGUGUCUAAAUAGUAAGAGGUCGAUAUCUAAAAAAUACUUCAAUUUCCGGCUUCUCAAUCUCAGUUCACCCUAGAAAAAAAAACAUUCUGUCUCUGAAUUUACUCUUCAGAUAUCAACGAAUGUUUAAUUGGGAAUGGAGGAUGCGAACAGAUUUGUAACAACUUUCCGGGGAAAUUCUCUUGUGGAUGUUAUCGGGGCUUUCGCCUGACAGCCAGUAAUGGAAGCCGAUGCGAAGGUAAUUAAAGAAAAAUGGAGAGACGUAAAAGUUACAACGAGUAAUGUGAAGUCUCUCAGUCCCUGAAAAGACCUACUACGAAAUGAACUGAUAAAUUGAUUGGAGAGAUUUUGACCUCCUGACGUGUCCAGUACAACUAGUAAGCAUAAAAUGGCUGGCAUAACUGCAAACGAAAAUCUUUUGAUUAAAAUCAAAUCAAAAUCCCUUGAUCUGUUAUAAUGUAUCAUUACCGUAUUUAUUCGAUUAACCGCCCUGGGCGCUUAUUAAAUUUUUGGACCUUGAGAGUGGGCGCUUAUUCGAGGCUGGGCGCUUAUUAAAUUUUCACCAUUUUCAGCAAGUGAAGUAUGUUUAUUCAUUUUGCAACAAAACAAUAAAUGCUAAUAACAAAACGGGACGAAGUAACAAAGCAAGGUUUCUGUAAAAUACUCUGAAGAAAACUCCGUCCUCGGGGAAGUCUCUUAUUAGAAUUUAUUCACUCAAGUGGGUGGGGUGGGGGUGAACGCUUAUUUGAGUUUGAUUGGGGGAGGAGGAGGGGUGGGCGCUUAUUCGAGGCUGGGCGCUUAUUAACUUUUUCUGCCUUUAGGAUGGCCGCUUAUUCGAGGUGGGCGCUAAUUCGAAUAAAUACGGUACAUUUGUUAUAGUGUCAGUAAUUCAUCCUGAGCCCGCAGUAUGUAUGCGGCUACUGUAAAACCCUAUGUGCUCUUUGAUUAAUACAGUUCUUUAGUUGAUCCGCCAUCUUGCGUGCAGUUGUCUGUUUGCCCGAGAACAUAACAUUUCUGGCGACGAGAAAUCGCGCGACCAUGCCAAGCCUCCGCAAAAUAGAGCAGUUCAAUUCAGCUACUACAAGCAUCAAUCGCUACCUAGAGCGACUGGAACAAUAUUUCGUGGCAAACAGCGUUCCCGCCGAUUCUGCAGAGUCACACAAACGAAGGGCAAUCCUAAUUUCUGUUAUUGGCGCCAAGGCCUACGAUGUUCUUUCGGAUCUCUGCUCACCGACUCCUCCUUCUGAGAAAACAUAUGCACAGCUCACCACUAUCCUAAAGAAUCAUUUCGCACCGAAGAAACUGGUUAUCGCCGAAAGAUGCCGAUUCCACAAUUGUACACAACGCGAAGGCGAGAGUGUCACAGCGUUCGCUGCUAAUCUGAAACAUCUGGCUUCAACUUGCCAGUUCGGCACUCACCUGAAUGAAGCUUUACGCGAUCGUUUCAUCUGUGGUCUUCGCAGUAAGGAGACACACUUUCGAUGCAGCACUGAAGGUCGCCCUCGGCGCCGAAGCUGCCGAAAAGGAUGUUGCUGCGUUUUCGCAAGAAAGUUCAGCUUCCGUUAACAAAGUCGACUCUGGUAAUCGUCGAAGUUUUCAGCCUACCCAGCGUCGUAAGGGUCCUGGCAAGCGAGGCAAUUUUAAUUCCUCUGGUAGCAACAUUAAAGACCCCUCGGAGUGUUUGAGCUGCGGAAAAACAGGGGCACCCACGUUCUCAGAGUAAAUACAGAAAUUACACAUGUCAUUCUCUCGGUAAAGUUGGUCACGUCUCGGAGGCAUGCAAAGGGAAACCUCAGAAAGUACACCAGCUGGAAGGAUCAGAACCUCCUCAAACUAGUCCUACCGAUGAUUCGGUUGAUCCUUUUUCUCGCUCGCUGUACAAUCUGAGCUCAGGCCAGCAAGGUAUUGAGAUACCCGUUGAACUGAACGGAACCUCUCUUUUAAUGGAAUUAGACAUUGGUGCCGGCGUCUCAGUUAUUUCAGAAGAAACUUACAAGAAACACUUCAGUGGCACACCCCUCAUGCAGUCCAAUACUCGCGUACGUGCAUAUACAGGACACCCACUCAAGGUACACGGGCAACUUCUGGCACACCUAAAGUACCAAGACCAGAGCGCCGAUGUCCCACUUCUUCAUGUUGAAGGCUCAGGCCCAUCCCUUUUUGGAAGAUACUGGCUGUCCCGAAGAAGACUCGGCUGGACGAAGAUCUGUAAUAUUCGCGUAUCGGAGACAGACCUCCCACAGGGCGUGGCUUCCCAGUUGCGCACAACUAUCCAAAAUCACCCUAACAUUUUCAAACCAGGCCUGGGAACUGUUAAAGGAAUCACAGCCAAACUAGAGAUGAAACCUGACGCACAUCCAAAGUUUUGCAAGGCUCGUCCUGUCCCCUAUGCUCUUCAGGAAGCUGUUGAAGCUGAAUACAACCGUCUCGAGGAUAGAAAAGUAUUUCGUAAGGUAUCUGGCAUAGACCGACACCCUCUAAGGGGAGUAUUACCCAAGAAGAAAGUAUCGACUUACAAUUUAAGGAAUCGAACAAGUCAGUAUCCGAAAGUUAAUACAGAUAGAUUCAAGAACUCUUACAUUAAUCGGUUAAUUUUUAAAUACAAUUUAGCUAUGUGAGCGCAUUUUUUUUUUAUUGUAAAUAACUUAGAUAUAUAUAUUUUUUACUCAAAUAUUGUAACAUAAGAUAUGUAUUUUUUAUCUUGUGAGGAAAUAAAGACUACUAACUAACUAACUAACUAACUAAGAAGGACUUGUCGAACGGGUGGAAUUCAGUGAGUAGGCUACCUCAAUGGUUCAUGUCCCCAAGGCAGAUGGAACUACACGUUCUUGUGGUGAUUAUGACCCGUUACUGUCAACCCCCAGCUUCACGUCCCUCAGUAUCCAAUUUCCCUCCCGGAGGAUGUCUUCUUGAAACUGCGGGGUGGACAACGUUUCACUAAGCUCGACGUAAAGAGUGCCUACCAGCAGCUCCCUUUGGAUCCUGAAAGCCAGCAGUUCGUUACCAUCAAUACGCACAGAGGUCUUUACCGCUACAAAAGGCUACCCUUCGGUAUUGCGUCUUCGCCCGCUCUGUUCCAGCGCACUAUGGACAUCAUCCUUCAGGGUUUAGAUCAUGUGGCGAGUAUACAAGAUGACAUUCUUAUUACUGGCAAGGAUGACGACGAACACAUUAAGAACUUAGACAGCGUCCUUAGCCGUCUAGACCAUUAUGGCUUGCGACUUCAGCUAAGCAAAUGUAAAUUCAUGCAGAAAUCAGUAACGUACAUGGGCUGUGUCAUCUCUGCCAGCGGAAUUUCUCCUACAGAGGAAAAGGUAGAGGCCAUCAAACAAGCACCAAGCCCUGAGAACCUCACCGAGCUGACAGCCUUCCUUGGAAUGAUCAAUUAUCACGGCAAGUUUAUCCGAAACCUGAGCUCUAUCCUCCAACCACUCGAUCAGCUUCUCCAAGGUAACCAAGAAUUCAAGUGGUCCCCACGGUGCGAGGAGGCAUUUAAAAAUGCCAAGGACUCACUCUCAUCUUCAAAUGUAUUGGUUCAUUAUGACCCAAGCCUUCCUCUUAUUCGUGAGAGCGAUGCAAGCCAGUAUGAGAUCGGAGCAGUCAUAUUUCACCCCUUCCCUAAUGGUGAUGAGCGACCUAUCGCAUAUGCCUCCAGGUCCUUGAACUCGUCAGAGAAAAACUACAGUCAGAUCGAGAAGGAAGGUCUUCCCAUUAUUUUGGGGGUCACCAAAUUUUACAUGUAUCUUCGGACGCAAGUUCACUCUGGGAACUGAUCACAAACCCCUGUUGAAAAUAUUUGCACCGGAUUCUGCGACUCCAGUUUUGGCUGCUACUAGACUGCAACGCUGGUCCGUUCUCUCUUCGUACCACUACGAAAUUGAGUUCAAGUCAUCUGCUGAAGUAGCCAGCGCUGAAGCCUUGAAAAGACUCCCACUUCAGUACAGGAAAGAUGCAAGUGUGGAAGAGGAAAUCUUCCACGUGGCCCCUCAGCAGUUAAAACGACACCCAGUUUCUGCCGCAGAAAUCACCAAGGACACAUCUAGGAACCCUUUGUUAGCGAAAGCACUGUUGCUUACGCAGAAUGGUUGGCCUAUUAAUCGCCGCGCCGAUCCUGACCUCAAGCCAUACUUCACACGCAGACACGAACUCUCUGUGGAGCAAGGCUGCCUUAUGUGGGGCCUACGAACUGUCAUACCUCCUUCUUUAAGACAAACCAUCCUGACCGAAUUACAUGAAGGCCACCCUGAAAUUGCACGCAUGAAAUCAAUAGCCCUCAGUCAUGUUUGGUGGCCGAAAAUAGAUCAGUAGAUUGAAAAGGUUACCCGUGAAUGUCAACCGUGCAACAAAACCCGCAGGGCUCCUCCAGCCUCACCGCUUCUUCCAUGGUCUUGGCCGACAGCUCCAUGGCAACGUGUUCACGUAGAUUUUGCCACCCAUCAGGCAAAACAUUACCUCAUCAUGGUCGACGCCCUUUCUAAGUAGUCCCAUGAAAACAACAACAGCCGACUCAACCAUUAAUGCCGUGCGUAAUAUUUUUGCAAGAUACGGUCUACCAACCCAAGUAGUCAGCGACAACGGCCCACCCUUCCAGUCGGCAGAGUAUGAAGAGUUCCUGCGGCAAAAUGGCAUUCAGAGAAUUUUAGUUUCCCCUUGCCAUCCCUCUUCAAAUGGGUUGGCUGGGCGGUUUGUGCAGACUUUCAAGUAUGCAAUGGAGUCAUCAGUCAACGAUCCCGCAAGCUCUAUACAGCGGCGGAUUCAGAAUUUCCUCUUAUCUUACAGAAGCACACCAUACGCUACAACCGGCUCAUUCCCCGCCAAGCUAUCCUUACAGCGAGAACUUCGUACUCGAUUAUCUCUGGUUACACCUGAUAUUAGAUCGGGCGUGGCCAGCCAGCAAGACAAAAUGAAGUGCAAUCACGACAAGCUUGAAAAAUACAGGGAGAUAGCUGUAGGCGACUUUAUUCUCGCACGUGACCACCCUUCGGGACAGAAGUGGCAAGCUGGUAUUGUCGUACAGCAAACAUCACCUGCUUCCUUUCAAGUCCAGUUGAACGAUGGACGGAAUUGGAGGAGACAUGUUGACGAUGUACUUCAAAACACCCCUAGUUAUGCUCUGAUCAAUCUACUGAAGGCGUUACUUGUCCUAGUAUCGAAGGCAGUACACCCCCACCUGAAGAAUCAGAGUCAGUGGAGUCGCCAAGCACCCCUACUCCUCCCACCCCUGCUCCGCGUCGGUCCAAACGUGCUACUAAACGACCCCAGAGACUGAUCGAAGAAAUGGACUAAAACCAUUAAUUCUCGCCUUAAUGACACUGAACAGUGCUUCUCAUAGUUUUGUUUCUUUUCUUGAACUUUUAAUCAUUUCGCGAGUUUCAAUAGGAGCCAGCGUGGCCGAGUGGUCAGCGCGUCGGACUCGCAAUCCGGCGGUCCCGGAUUCGAGUCCCGCUCUGGCCACUUGCUGGAUUUGUGCUCCGUCGUCCCGAGUUCAAAUUCUCGGCCACGCUUGUAAAUAGCCAACUGGUCGCCUUUUGCCAGUUGGGGUUUUUAAUCCUGUUAUGUUGUAUUUGAAUUAUUUGUUUCUAAUAUUUGAGUGGAGUGCCUGUAAAUUAGCUGGACAAGCUAAGUGCAAUUUCCACUAUAAACAAGCCUUUAACCAUUUUUUUUUUAAUAGUUGUUUUGUACUUUAAUUUCUUGUCAGGCACAACAUUUCUGCGGGGAGCUGUUAUAGUGUAUCAUUACAUUUGUUAUAGUGUCAAGAAAUCUUUCUGAGCCUGCAGUAUAUAUGCGAUUACUGUAAAACCCAUGUGCUCUGUGAUUAUUACAGUUCUUUAGUUGAUCCGCCAUCUUGCGUGCAGUUGUCUGUUUGCCCGAGAACAUAACAUGAUCAUGCUUUCGAUUUCUGCUGACUGCGAGUUGUUGUUGGAGUUCUCAUUCGCAACGCUUUUAAAUAAUGUGUUCUUCUCAUGCCAUUUGCGGAAUUUUUUUGAACUGGUCAUGUUAUAAUUGUCUCAAGGGAAAUAAUAAAAAAUAUUUAUUCAGGUAACUACAGGGUGCCUGGUACUUGGUUAAAAAUAUUGGCACCCAAUCAAAUGUCUAUUUUAAAGUUUUCCGGAAACGUUUCAUAUCCAGUAUGACCUCGCAGAAGUAUCAUUAUAAACAGCUUAUUUGUUUCACCUUCAGACAUUGACGAAUGCUUGUCCAGUAACGGGUUUUGCGCUCAACAGUGCAUCAAUACUGCAGGCUCGUAUUCAUGCCGCUGCAAUCAUGGAUUCUUUUUGGAUUCAAAUGGCAGAACUUGCUCAGGUAAAUUUAAAUGCCCUUUCUUAGGAUUACGUUAUUUGAUUAAACUCAGCCAGGUAAACCUUAUUUCGCUUGUUGCUCCUUAUCUACAUUGAUAGAGUAGUCCUAAUGAGUUAAAGGCUCAUGUUCACCCAAAGAGAACGGCUUUGCGCGCUUGUGUUUUGUUUUGAAACGAUUCUUUUGUCAAACACAGUGGUUUGAUUGGCUUCCACUUUUGAGGAGCGUUGCGUGACGAUACUAAAUAACUAGCUUUUUUCACGCUUGACCGAAGAAACUGAAGCUUACAGAGACAGUAUCAAAGAGGCCAGUAAGACUUUAAUUAUUUUCCAAAUGGAGGAGGAUAUAUCGCCGACUUCGUUAAAUGUCACUGGAGAAAGCAGUUCAAAAUUUAAACUGGUAGUGAAUGCGUAUGGAUGCUUUGUUGAGUCCGAUGAACACAAUGAGGGUCAUAUAAUUACGAAACGUCUAAGCACCAGGUGAGACUUUACCGAAGCCCGAUUCGACUGUGAAAUGUUUUGAUUCCUCAAUCUAUUAUUUUAUGUUAAUUCUUAGGAAGCUUAGGUAUGUGUUCUCGAAAGAAUAAGCGAGAAGUUGUCUUUGCAAAGCGUCGAAUCAGCACUGAGUACAGUCUUGUACUCUGUUCUUUAGGUUUGGCUAAGGACUGGUUUGUUAAUAAUAGUUUUCGCUAUUUUAGAGCGAUACGCCAGACGAUACGUUUACGUUAAGGAUAUCGCUCGCUUCAUAGGUUAAAUUAAAUACAGCAUUGUUCAUAUUGACUCGCUUGUUUUGCUUUCAACUGAUUUCAAAGGGACCUUUGUUUACAAUUGAACAUCAGCAUUCGAUGUAGAAGGAACUCGGCAAACACGCUGCCUGGAGAAUUUGCAGCCAAGGGCUUCUUUCUCAUCUCUCCAGAGAUUGAAAAACGGAUUCACGGAGACGAAUGUACUUCGGCGACGCCCGUCGACGCGGUCUUCCAACCGUACGUUUCGAUGGCGCCGCCAUCGAAAGUAUUGCAGUGAAACAAGCGCUCACGGAAACAAAAAGGCUUGAUACCAGACCAAAAUAUCUAAAGAGAUGUAAAGAAAAAUACCAAAAGAACCUGUUUAGACUUCCUUUUAAACCAGAUUUAGCGAACUGUGGAAGAUUAACAAAGAUUAACUCUACACAGCGAAGACAGCGAUUUUCAAAUAAGCGGAAUGUUUUUUCCUGUAGUACAGGGCGCGCAAUGCAUCUAGGGCGAACAUGGGCCUUUGAACAAGAGCCAAUGUGGGGUUUGUCUCGGGCACAAUUUGAGAUGUAAGAACAUAACGAGGGGGAUGUUAUUGUCAUUGGUUCGAAAUUAAUAGAAGGUAAAAGGAAAGAGAUUGACAGAAGUGUAUUUCAGCAUCUUUCAUUUAAAGUAAGACAAAGAAAGGAACGUAACAAUAAUCAAGUUGUUCUUUAGAUAAACUGUAGGUGAAAUGGGCUUCAGACUUUCCAGAUGUAUCCAAUACAACUAGACAUACAAUUCUUCUAUAAUGUAAAAGAAUAAUAUAGAUUAGAGGAAGUCAACCCAAACUUUGACAUUACAAACAGUAUAACUAUCCAUCGUGAAAUGAAACUUUUUAAUGUCUAUUUUUUGACGUCGGGAACAGUGUGGCUUUGACUAGACCAAUUUGUUCACCCGUCCCCUCCCACCAACAAUUUUAAUUAUUUUAGCCUCGCUACGGGUCGGACUCUUUUUUAUUGGUUAUUGCAGUGGAGGCGCAAUCGAUUCUGACAGCCCUAUUUGUUUGGCUUAAAAGGUGGUGUAAAUGAAUCUCUAGUCUUCCGCCUACCAAUUUAUGUCAAUGAUUAUGGGCUCAUUCUAUAUCUUUAUGAUCACUGAACGUUGUGAAAGGGAACGUGGGGUUCCCCUCGUUUAAAGCUAUAAAGAAGUCACCGAUAUUUUUUUCUGACUUGGAUUUCAGAUCAUGAUGAGUGUAUGUCGAGCCAUCAUGGAUGUCAGCAUCGGUGCAACAAUUUUCAUGGAAGCUUUUUCUGUUCAUGUUUUUCUGGAUAUGCGAUAAACAGAGACAAUAAAACUUGUUCAGGUAUGCGUUCGAGUUGUGCAUUUUAAAAGGAGCGAACUAAUUACCAAUAAGAGGGUGGCCUCAAAAUUUCUGUCGGUAGACAAUUGACGAAUAAUAAUAAUAAUAAUAACAAUCUUUAUACAGGGAGCUCACUUCACAAAGAGUGAUAUUCAGUGAGGCUCUGUAAAACAAUAGGAAAAAUAAAUGAUGUUAUAAUUAGAUAAAUGAAUGCGUAAUAGUAAUAAUAAGUAAAAAGUUAAGAACUAAAAACCUAAAUUAUACAAGCUACAGGUUAAAAAUGUUAAAAUGUCCGAUAGAUUAAACUAUUAAAAGCUAUAAAAUAUCUAAAAUAUAUAGCUUUUAAUGUUCUGUUUAAAAAGAAGAAGAGAGUUAAUUUCUUUAAAAGAUGCGUCUAAAAUGUUCCAUUCCUAAGCGCAUGAAUAAAAAAGUCUGCUUUCCGUAAUUCCUUUUAGCGAGAGGAAGGCGGAAAUCGUUCCUUCUUCUAGUGUUUCUCUUGUUUCUCAAAAUGUUAAAACUGUGAUCUACAAGUCCGUGGAUGUACUUAAAAGUGGAUAUGUAUCUAUAAUAAUGUACAAGGCGCUCUUGAAAUAAGGUAGGCCAUCUGCGUGAUUUGAGAGCGUAGGUAGAUAAAGCAUAGCUGGGCAAAUCAAGGAUAACUUUAGCAGCCUUAUUUUGCAAGACCUGUAAAUCGUGCAUUAAUUUAAUAUUAUCUCUGUCUCCCCAGAUGGUAUCAGCAAAGUCGAAGAGAGGUCAUACUAAAGCAUUGUAUAAUGCGACUCGCUCAUCCAAAGGCAAUAGAUGUUUGAUACGAUUUAACAAGCCAAUUCUUUGAUUCACUUUCCCAAUCAAUGAUUCGAUAUGCUCAUUCCAAGUCAGAUUCUUAUGAAUGACAACACCUACAUACUUGAUUGAAUCUUCACGUUCAAGGUUUUUGUGAUCAAUGAAAAGCUUAAUACCUCGGCAGGUUUGCAUCCUUCUAUCACCACCAAACAAUACGAACUUCGAUUUCGAUGCAUUUAAGGUCAGAUAGUUGUUGUUAAACCAUUCGGCAAGAUUGGCAACGUCAGCAUUCAGGUGGUAUUCAAUAUUUUGACAGCAAUUUGCUCUGAAAAAGUAAAUCACUGUGUUGUCUGCAUAUAUGACUACCUGGCAGUACUCUAAACAGUUGGGAAGGUCGUUAACGUAUAUUAGAAAAUGAGGAGGCCCAAGGAUGUUUCCUUGGGGUACUCCAACAGGAGCCUUUUGUUGAGUCGACCGGCAGUUUUCAACAGAUGUGACUUGAUACCGACUUUUAAGGUAUGAGGCAAACCCCUACACAACUCGAGAACUAGCUCGAAUUGUCUUGAGUUUUUCGACAAGAAACACAUGGUCCACUGUGUCGAAAGCCUUCGAAAGAUCUAAGAAAACUGUUCCAGUGAAGCCGCCUUUAUCAAGACUCUGUAGUAUGUUGUCUGUAAAAUGAGCAAGGCCAGUUACGGUUGAAAGUUAAGGGCGGAAACCAAAUUGAUUUGGAGUAAGUAAUUCAUUCGCCGAUAAAAACUCGUACAGCUGUUGGUGCACAGCCUGCUCUAGGAUCUUGCUAGUGGUUGGGAGCACUGUGAUUGGCCUGUAAUUGUUACAAUCGGUACGAUCGCCUCCUUUAAAUAAAGCAGUCACCUUACCACAUUUCCAAAUCGAUGGAAAAGUGCUUAUCUCAAGUGACCGGUUAAAAAGUCUGGUCAAAAUGAUAGGUGCCAUGCAUUCAGCUGAGUCAAUUGCUUGAGAACAAAGGAUUCUGUGAUACUACAAAAGGAAAUUAAAGCGAUUUAUUAUUGCCAUUCCAUCGCGAAAAGGCAGGUGGCAAAAACUUUCUGGAAUUGCUGGCUAUAAGCCGGGGAUUUUCCAUAAUUUUGGCCGCUAGCUUGGUUCCGAUACGAGAGAAGUGCGUAUUUAGGGCCUGAGCUAUUUCAUUGGUUUUCGUGCAUAAAACACCGUUCGCCUCAAUUGAAUCGAAGUUAUAGUCGAAUUAGACUUUUUUGACGUGAUCUCAUUGAAGGUUUUCCACAACUCGAUGGGAUUUCCUUUAUUCUUGUUGAUUAAAACUGAACAGUAUUCGGCCUUGCAUUUCUUCACUUCUUUAUACACAAAGUUCUUCAUCUUAUUAUACAUUUCCCAAUGGUAUGUUGAGUUCGUUUUUAUCGCCUUUGCACGAUGAAAAUCCCCGUCACGCAUGGCAUUUUUCAAGUCCGAAGUCAUCCAAGGUGUUUUUGCCUCCUUAAUACGGGUCUUCUUGAUCGGCGCGUGUCUGCUCGCAACAUCAGUAAACAGGGUGUUUCACAUUUCCACAGCAGGAUCGACAUCACCAUUAAAAUCAAUCAUAUUCCAAUCAGUUUUUUUUAGGUAUGUUUAAUUCAGAUUUUUAUGGAGGGAUUUAGCCAUGUCUCAGAAAAUGUGAAGAUAUCAAAACGUUUGUUAUGAAUAAGAGUCCGGACAUCGUCCAUCUUGUUCAAAAUGCUUCGCACUUUCAAAUGAGCUAUUUUAAGGCCACGAUGUUUCGGUAGUUCAGCCGUAUCGUAGAAAUUUCCAGUAGGUCCUGGAUUUAAACUCACAUUACCAGAAAGCAAAAAAAACGAUAGAAAGUGAGUCUUCUUACUGUAGCAAAAAUCUAUUUUCUGUUGAUUUUUAAGAAACUAUUUCUUACAUAACUACUAAAAACGCCGACUUCCUUUACUCACUAUUUCUGAACUGAUAAGCUGAGCUAGUACGUUAGCUAAUGAUGCUGAGUGAAAGGCAAUGGAAUUAUUUCAAGGUUUUACUCAUAGCUGAUAAACGUUAUCUCCGAAAAAAAAUCGGUACAUCAAUAAUUUGAUGCAAAAAAUUGCAAAAUGGGAACGUUUAGGCUUUGAGCCGACAGCAGAGCCAGUAGAAUAUCACGUUUGGGAACAACAGCGUUGUCAAGAACAUAGUUGCAUUGGGCCAUUUUGGAUGUCUUUUCAAGAACCCCUGUAUAUAGUAAUCAGUAACAGUAAAGUGAACCUACUUUACUUCUUUCAGACGUGAACGAGUGUGCUCCAGUGUAUGUGGCGAGCCUGAACAGAACCAUUAUUCCUGCUGGAUGCGAUCAACUUUGCCACAACAUACAUGGGAAUUACACCUGCAGUUGUAACCAUGGAUACCGUCUGCUCUACGAUGGAAAACGAUGCCGAGGUAUUUUUUAAGACAUUUGUAGACUCCAUAACGCCUCUGUUUUUCAUUUAACUGGUCGAUCUCCAGCAGAUAAUUGCAGUCAUCUUUGAACACAAACAACUUCCAUUUUUGAACAACACAGAUGUAGAUGAAUGUCUCUCAGGAAGCCACUCUUGUCAGCACAUUUGCCACAACACACCUGGGUCUUAUGGCUGCUCGUGUUUCUCCGGAUACAGACUUAAAUCGGACAUGAGAACCUGUGAAGGUGAAAGCCUUAACGUUUUCUUUCUGAUUUUGAAUAAAAUAUAAUAUUACAUGCCGCGUGACGCUUGCACAUUUCCUGCUUAGUAUAACCCACCGUAACGCACUGCGCGAAACGGGAAAGUAAAUAUUUACAACCGACACACAGGGUCAAUGUUGUAUGUGACAUUAAGAGGGCGGCUUGGCGUGUGAUGUUAAAAAAAGGGCCACAAACGCUAAAAUUGUUCCAAGACUUUUAUUCAGGAUUGUAACAUUCUCACAGGCAUUCGUUACCAGAAGUGCAAUGCGUUUUGCUUACAACUGAUCCAACCUAAUGGUGAAACGCACGUAGGAAACUCCCCAAGUAAGGGAAUCCAAGGCUAGAUUCCGGAUUCUCUGUCAGUGGAGCUUGGAUUUAGGAUUCCAGUCGACACGAUUCCAGUCGGAUUCUAAUCGUCAGGUUUCGUUGAGCUACAUACCGGAUUCCAAAGCCAAGAACUCAUUCUGUUUUCCACAAGAAAAAUUUCCUGGAUUCGGGAAUCCGGAUUCCCUUAAAUUGGGCGAUAGGGAAAACUAUUCCUUGUCUAAGCAACCAGUCCAAGGAUCUUAAAAAACACUUUCUUCUGAUUUCCAACACUAGGCAUUUGUAACAUUAAUUCUUACUUUUUUUUGAGAAGGGCUUCCUUGCAAGGCUAUCAGGGCCCCACCUAAUGGACACAUGAUAUGUAGCGGCUUGGUUACCAGCGAGACAUGUUUGUUUUCCUGCAAUGAUGGCUAUGAAAUGCAAGGCUCUGAAAGACGAACUUGCCUCAAAACUACAGAAUGGAACGGUGAUGAAACAUUUUGCAAAGGUGAGCAAAGACGUGGUCUCUAUAAAACUCAUCCCAACUUAAACUGUUGCUUACAGCCUAUGGUUAAAUAAUGAGAUAAAGCCAUCAGAAUUUAAGCUUAGCCAUAUCUGACUGAAAAAUAAGAGCGUUACUCCUGAUUGGGUAAUUGUUAUGCUAUGUCACCAAACAAUUUUCUCUCACCUCACUCUUUUUUUUAUCACCCGUGUACAGUGAAAAGUUGUGGUCGCCUAGACCUUCCAGCAAGAGGACAAGUGUAUCUUCCUUGUUACUCUACAUUUGGCUCAAGAUGUACACUUGGAUGUAUGGAUGGCCACUUUGGCGUUGGUAGUAAUCUUGCUACUUGCAGUCUGACUAAUUCAAGCGAAGUGAAGUGGGACAUAGGAAACUUUACUUGCGAAGGUUAGUAUUGUUGAGGUUUCCGUAAUUUACGAGAUAUUUUUCCAGACGUGAAAACCCUGUUCAUUUGUAUCCUUAUAUGAAAUAAAAGUGUUAAAGCCUAUCCUUUUCGUACCAUUAGAAAAUAUUAUCUUUAUAUUUGAGCUAAGACUUUUAAGACUUUUCUAUCUUUAAGAACAAAGUGCUAGAGUCUUUAUUAAAAUAGUUACUGAAGUAGUUUAGCGGCACUUCUUCGCAGCCCUUAUUUCUUAUAAUAUUGUGAUGUCGAGGUGGCCUCUCUUUAUAAGCCUGGUGGUUUCUUAAGGUCUCCUCGCCUAACAACCUGCUGUAUCCUUUAAAAUUUGUUCUAACACAAAGGCCAAUAAAUGAUGAAGAUGAAAACACGAUGUGCAUCUGCCUCUAAAGCGCGACCCGAUGGUGGUUGAAGAAGAAAAACUGUUGAAAAUUAAGAAACGUGCUUAACGCUUUCAGUGCAAUGACAAGUAUUCUGCUUCUUUACUCUGCUCAAGUAGAUUAAGGCCUGGUUCUUUUUCUCAGAAUUUUGAAAAGGGUGGUCUAAUGUAAAGUUUUCUUUAAGAUAUCCCGCAGGUCUAAUAAAUUAAGGCCAACCAUAACUAAGAAAUGUUCAAAUUUCAUUUUAAAAUUGUUUAUAACUGCAUCACGUGACCAGCCACGCCCUGUUUUAUCGAGAAAUCCUUUGGGUUGAAAUAGCCACCAUGUAGAGAGCAAACGGUUUUCCUUUUGCACGUCCAAACAGUGACUACUGUUAGUCUUCUUGUAAAAAAGGGGGAAUGAGACGAAGUCAUUUAACGUCUUUCUCCCAAAGAAAAUUUUAGUUAGAGCAGGGCUGGCACUAGUCAAUGAACACCAAUUGCACCUAAAAUCUGUAAAUAUUCCAACCAUUCCGAGCUGAUUUCGUACACAAUUUGUAUAGUAAAAGUUUUUGAUUAGGAGAAACUGGAGCUACCCGUUUAGCAAGUUGUGGGCAUCGUUUGUUGCAAUUCUCCAACGGACGAGGGCGUGGUAGAUCACGUGUCCUGGUAAUUUGGAUUAAUCAAGUUUUUUUCAGGUUAUUUUUCCUUACCAUCUAUUAUUCCUGAAGGCUGUCUUUAACAUAUAAUAUAUGGUUUUGGAAAAUUUACAUAAAAAUCACAAAUGACUUAGAACCAGGCCUUAAUCUACUUUCUGGUGUUUGAAAACAUGGAGAUGCGAGCGUUUUGCGGGGCAGUUUAGUUUAGAAAUAAUGUUUUUACGUCCAUGGAUUAUUUUACAACAUCCUUACUUAUGUUUUCAUCCCUUCAAUUAAAUGUAAGGAUAGAAAAAGAAAAACGAAAAAGAAGAGACACGUAUAAUUUAGUAACGUUUCAAUGAUUACAAUUUAUUUCUAUUUUAUUUCGAAAGAAAGGAUAGCCAACUGCAUGCUUCCUUUUUUUCUCAGAGAUAGUCCUCUGCAAACCUAAUCCUUGUCGUCAUGGUGGCCAGUGCAUAGUUAUCAGUUCAAGACAAUUUUCUUGCGAUUGUGAGCAUACUGGAUAUGAGGGCAACCUUUGUGAAAGGGGUGUUGUAACGCCUCCUGAUUUCCCCAAACUGAUUCCUGGUCAUCCCUCAAAGACACUGGAGAUGGGUGCAAAGCCAGAAAAUUCAUUGACAGUUCAUUUAAAUCCCACCCUGAACUUGACCAUUCAGCCAGAGAAGUUGAUAAUUCAGCACCCAGCAUCAAAGGCAGAGUUUCAAAUAACGGGUUACAAUUCUGCGGUUGGAAUGGUGACGUAUAGUCUUGACGGAGUGAACAAGUAUGAUUUCACGGCUCCACGCAAAAGCGUUGUAUUCAUAGGCCGCAAAGUCUCAAGUCAAGAUAGUGUUUACACCAGGCUUGGUUUGUUAGCGGGCGAGUUACCAGUUGGAUGUCAACGGAUAGACAUGAAGAAAUUCCGAGCAUGUGAUGUCAAAAUAGCCCUUCAUACAAACUCUAACAUAUCAACUCCAACUUUAAUUGAAUCCGGUCCAGUCCACAUCAUAACAUCUAACAACAGGACGAUCCCUCUUAGCUUAGUAGGUUAUGACUUUUCUUCGCCACUUCCAUUAGAAAAAGAUGUAAUGGAAAGACUGAUUGGGCUCACAAGCAAAUCAGAUCGAUGGCAAGCUAGUAACCAAAGGACGGAUUGUUACAAUAUCGGAUUAACAGGAGAAGACCUCAUUGAAAUUAUACAAAAAGAUACCUUCUCAAAGUCUUUUCUGAGAUACUUAACGGAUCAAUUGCCGUUGUGGUUACGAUUUCGGGUUAGAGAGGAAAGUAACCUGUUCGACAUAGGAAACGUUCAGUCCAACUUUUUUCAAACAACAGAUGCCAACCUCACUAACACAAUCUGCAAAUUUCCCGUCCACAUACAAACCGCUUUGGUUCUUUAUCGUCCAAUGGUGACUUUCAACAUCUCAGUUGAUAACAAUCCUCUUUCGUUGUCAAGCAAAGGGUCGUGUUUCGCUGCUGACGUUUGUGAACCAGGAGGUUUCCUAACUUUAUCCCAUCGGGCAAGGAAAAAAUUUGCAAACAUGCAAUUUAUGCAAGACCUAACCUUGGGAGGGUGGAAACUUCUGGUGUCUUCCUUUGGUUUUUCAACUCCACGAAUAUACAACAGGUCUGUACUGAGCAGUGUACCAAACGGUCACUUGGUUGGAAAUUUCUCCGAUUUCUAUUAUAACUGGUGGUGGCAAGGAAGUGCAAACAUUGAUCUAAGUAACGCAGAUCAGGCUGUAAAUAUGAAACUGAGUGGAGAAGCCUUUGCUUUCACAGAAAACUUAGAUGCCGUAAGUAUAGCGUUUUCCUGAGCUUUUAGCUUUCAGCAAAACACAACUACCACCUUUCUUGUAUUAUUUUUCAAUUUGCUGCAGCAUUUUCUGUAGGUUGUUAAAAAGCUGUAUGAGCAUUAUAGCUGUACUACGGUUUAUCUUAAUCUUUUUCUUGUAGAUAUUUACCAGUUAUUUCUCGAAGCCAAUAAGAUUUGUCUUCCAAGGAUCAGUUGAGCUUAACAUCACUCUUCACAGCCUUGGAGAAGCAUUGCCUUUAACCUUUUACUCUAGCGAUGUAAUUGGGAAAGCUACAUUUGGAGGUGUGAAAUGUUCUGUUGAUAAAAAAAAAUGGUUACUGAAUUUUAUCCUAUAUCUGCUAGGAAAAGCACUCCGUGAAUGACGUAGAACAGUCUCUGGUUUAUUGAAAUAUUUCUUUAUAUAUAUUGACUAAAAGCCAUUUUCUUUUCGCAUCACUUGAUCACUGCUUCUGUGCAACAGAAGUGGUAAAUGGUGACGAAAUAACCAUAUUUGUUCCGUACUAGCGAUACUCACGUGACUCACUGAAAAGUUUGUUAAUUUACCUUACAUAUUUUCUCUGUCGAUGUCACAGGAAUCACGUUUUUGGCAUCAGGUUUCAGCGAUGAUUGCCGAGUGCCUCAGGGAUUCGUUUUCGCUCUUGGACGAUCCUCAAAGCUUUUCAGAGCAAGUCCAUUGGCUUAUAUCAUCAGGCCAGAUGGUGGAUUGAAAUAUCUGCAGAUGUAUCAUUCAGCGACUGGUGGUGACGUUAUCUCAGGGCAGGACGAUAAACAUAACCUGAGGUUUGUGGAAUUGCAGGCGCAAGAAAUUAAACGAACUCUACUUGAUGUUGGAAGAACUGUACCUCAACUGCAAUCCAACACAAAGAGGUGGGAGGCAGUGGCAGACGAGAUAUUAGCUGAUGUGACCAAAGCUCGACACCUGCUGUCUUCAGCUUCCGAUUGGUUGGGGUUGAAAGUGCUUGUGAAGCGGCUAGAUGACGACCUUGAUGUCAUAUCUCGCGCGUUUGACCUUCUUAUAGCUACGUUGCAGCCCUACAGGAAUCAAACGAGUAUAAACAGUUUUAUCUAUCGUCUCAUUAAAUUAAGGGCAGACCUCCCCAAGGCUAUCUCUCUUUCUUUCUCCAAGUCCGUUAUUCAGCAGAACUUUAUAGGUUUGCGAUUUCUUUUGACUGCUCAAAUAUGCCACGAAAAGCUCUGCUUUGCAAACAUAGACUCAAGCAUCUGGUCCCUGCAUGGCAACGAUUGUCACGCCAACCCAUCACGACAACAAGCCGGUUUACUUGUUGAAGGAACUGCUCUGAAUACUACUUCUCUUGGUAGUCUAAUAACACUUCCAGCCGGUGGAACGUUGAAAAUGUUCCUAUCGCGUGAUCGUGACCUUGUUUCCACAACCUUUGAGGGUGUUGUUCGCCUACUUGGAAUGAAGAAAAAAGCAAUGGUAAAAAUUACUGGUAGUGAGUUAUCGUUUGUCAUCUCAGGCGAUAUGUUUGGAGGGUUUGACGCACUGUUAAAUGUCACAGCUCAAAUUGAUAACGUUGUUGACUGGGAUUCCAUAGUAUUUAGAGUGGAAGGUAAGAUGAAUACGUCGUCACACCUCCAUUCCCUUCUUGAAAAGAUGAUAAAAAAUGAAACUACUAUGGCGGCGAGAGAUGCAGCACAAAGAUUAGCGUACUCUCAUUCAGCAUAUAUUGAUGCAAAAAGAAAAUCAGUGUUCGUUAAAGACGUCCUAAAGUCAAAACAGUCAGUUGUGGACGAACUUAAGGUCUGGAAAGAAAAAGCUGCUGAGGAGCUCCGUCUUGCACGUCUAAAAUACCAUCUUGCGAAACUACGAUUCAAUAGUACCUUCUAUUUUCUCGAGAACGUCCGAGGCUACAUUUGUGAGAUACAAGAGUGUAAUUACACUUGUUUAAAUGGCUGCGUCACUCCGGACCUUUGCCAGGAUCCCAUAAAUAUAACUUAUCUUGAACGGCAUUGCAGCACAGUUGACAAACCCAUUACAAUUAACGUCAUAAAGAAGGAGAUUGAAAAACGCAGUUUCACAGUUCCUAGAUAUAAAAUAGUCUAUACUGGAAACUGUGGGUCUGGCUUCUCCAUACUAAAUGUUCUCAACUAUGCUCUAAAGGGGGCUCAAAUUGGAAAAAAAAUUGGUGGAAAGGGGCGGGAAGGAUGCUUUGGUGCUCUUUUUGGUUUUGCUCUUGGAGCUCUAAUAGGAAGCGCCAUUGAAGUUUUCAAGGAGCCAAUAUUUGGUUGCUCUAAUACGUACGAAAUAGUGCCAGCUGAGCCUCAAAUUGUGGAGUACGACCACAAAAUAUAUAAAGUGAAAUCAGUGGAGCAGAUCAUUAAGGAAGUGAAAUGCAAUGGUCACACAGUAACGGCAAAGCCAGGCGGAUACGGACCGCCAUACCAAUGCUGCAAGCAAUAUGGAUGUGAAACUAAAGUUAUGGAUGCUAAGUGCAUCUUAGACAACGAGGAAUGUCUGCUAUCCAUGACAGAACUUAAGUUCACGCUGGAUGCUCUGAAUGAAACACUGCAAUCGGAAUUCUUGUCUUUAAGAUCCUCUGUGGAGAGGGUCAAAAGCGCAACGUUUUCUUUUGAAAAAGCCAGAGUCCUUCAUAAGAACGCUGUUUCUCAGCUGAAACAAAUAGAAGCACACAUGAAACAAAAACUUUCAGUUGUGGAGAUCACAAAUGCUUCGAUGAUUCACACUCGACGGAUUGUUGACUUUGGGUUGAAAAUAGCGCAGGCUAUGAAUUAUUCGGAUAAUGGGAAAGUUGUAGAUGUUGACGACCUGCAAUUUUCUCUUUCCGUGGUAUCUGGGGACGCCAAACAGAUUUUUGUGCAAAGUAAUGCAAGCACACUUGGUGGCAAACAAGUGCCAGUCCGCUUUUUUCUUAAUUUCGACCAAAUGCAACGUUCAAUUUCUUCGGCAUCCAAGAACAUUAUGGUCGACUUAUUUGGUGGAAAACACGCAAGAAAAAAGCGAUCAACUGCAGAAGACUCAGGAGGUUCUACGCAUUCUGUGCAUUCGAGCUUUAUGGAUUACCAAUACGCGUGCCUUUUUGUCAACAACACAAACUUGUACUUCAGCUACAUGUUCAAAUCUUUGCAUACCCUUAUUUCUUCAGUCAAAGGAUUAAACCAAAACCUGACGUUUGGAAUACACGAUCUUGAUCACCUAUCUCAGACAAUGAAUGGUACCGGUUCUUUUUCGAAUGCCUCAAAAACAGCAAAUAACCACGGCAAAGAAUAUCUAAACAGCUCUUUCGUAACAGGAUUCCUAGAAGUCGUACAGGUGUUAAAAGACGAGAAUAUCAAGCUGAUGAAUGGUUCAUCUCAAUCUUGGAAUGACACUUUUGAGGCUUGGAGAGCUUUCCUGGAGGUAUACACCUCAGAAAAGGGCUUUGAAGAGUGCUCUGGAACACAAGACUGCAUCAAAUACUUUUUCGAGGGAGCAAAGGAAUUUUAUGAGUUCGAAAGCAGUCGGAGGGCACUUGAGAUUAAAGAUGCUCUGCCUCGACUUGAAAUCGUGAUUCAGUCAUUAACAACUAAAGGUCUGAGUAUGGGGGAAGCAGAGCAGGCUCUCAUUCUCGCCGACCACUUAUUGAACAAAACGCUUGAUGACUCCGUUUUGUGUGGUGGAUCACCAAGCAUAACGUCUUCAUCUCAAGGUGAAGUUAUCAUUUUCCCUGGAGAUAGCCUUUCGCUGAAUUGUAGUGCAAAGACCGAAGAGAUCCUAACAUAUACUUGGCGACGAAAUGGUAAGAUCAUUAGCAAAUCAGCAUAUGGAGGUUUCUCGAUAGACGCCGUCACCAAAGAUAAUGAGGGAGCUUAUGUCUGUGAGGUUUCCAACAAUAAAGGAAGCACUUUGUCCAAUGUCACAAUAGUCAGAAUUCAUAGCAAACCUAUAAUCACUGAACAUCCACAGCCACACAGAGUGGUCUUCAGAAGCCAAAUACCAGUGACAUUUAAGUGUAAUGCGACUGCCGAACCAUUGCCUACUUUCCAGUGGUUCUUCCAAUCCAAAAACGCAUCCACUAUUACAAUUAACGAAACCAGACCUGUGUUAUACAUCGCCGACCCUCAUCUUUACCAGGAGGGUUAUUACUUUUGUGAAGCAUCUAAUGAACACGGUAGAGCAGUCAGCCAAAGAGCCCGACUGGAUGUUUUAAACUACACAGUUGGCCUUCCACGAUUGCUGAUUACUUUAAACCUGACCAACCUCUGUUGGCUAACAUCUAAUUUCUCCAACAGUUCUGCCCCAAAUUCUCAGUUAUGUGAUAGAUUACCUUCAUCACUGGACGACAAUCUCACUGACAGCCUCCUAAACGCCCUGGCAACGUCGCUGAAUUUGUCCACUUUUAGAGUCUCUGAUCUGAUCUACUAUUCAGAAAAUACGUCAAAGCCGCAUUUGUUAUUCACUAUCGACUUUGAUAAAGACUUGUUAAAAGACGAAAACCUUACAACCUCUACAAAAGUAGCUGAAGCGAUUGCUGUUGGUGAAGCAAGGAUGGUAGAGAAUCUUCAAAAGUUCAACGCAGACGUACUUAACAAGACCUUUAAGGUUUCUUGGAACUCCUCCACUCUACUUGUUGAACCAGGAAGCAUAUUCGCUUACCCGUUAUCACCCGAAUGUCCCGAAGGACAGUUCCUUAAUGGACACGGUUUUAUUUGUGGUGAGUUGCGUUCUACAUUGGUGACUUUAAUAGAUGUGUUAAGAAUCACAAUUUCAUUUGGCUCAACCAAGAGCUCUUGGUUCAACAUACAGCGACACACAGUACGCCACCCGCCACAGGCACGUACGCGCCUGCGUCGUCUAUCUUUGUCAAACGAGCAUACAAAGCGCUUCAAAAGCCGACAUUUAGAGCGCUGACUUUGCUAGAAAAAAGCUGAAUUGAAUUAAAAAGUGGCCUUGACUCAUCAAGUCAAUAUACAGCAGGGCCAAGUUGUUCAAAAGCUGGAUAGCAUCAUUGAUCCAUCGAAAAAAAAAAACUUUCUUUGAUCCACCAGAAAAAACACUAUCCAGUAUAGUAUGGAAAGUAUAGAGAAAUCAAUAACGCUAUCCAGUAGAUAGAAAUUGAUCCGGUGUUUAAUGUUUUAUCAACCUUUUGAACAACUGGGACCAGAAGAAUCACGUCAUCAUGCCGAUUUUUUGUCUAGGUCGUUAUUUCCUAUUGGUUGGCCCCGACUUGAGGGAUAAUUGUCCUAGAAAAAUGACGCUCAUGAUUUUCCACGUUGGGUAGAUAGGGUUUUUUAAAUCUUAACAUAUGUUGCCUUAAGCUAGCUCUGAUUGAUUACUCUAUUAAAAGUACGCUCUAAGUUAUUUACAGUAUUUAUUUCAAGCUAAGUUAGAAGUUUUCUUUCUUUUAGCAAACUGCCCAGCUGGUCUAUACUACAACCUUGAAAACGACACGUGCGUUGAUUGUCCACAUAGUACAUAUCAAACAAACCAAGGUCAAAACGAGUGUAUUCACUGUGGCCAAAACCUCACAACGGCUAUGGAAGGAACUGUAGAAGAAAAAGACUGCAUCGGUAAAGUGUCCGACUAUGAUUAUUUGGGAGCGUAGUCAUACUUUGAUAAAUCUUUAUUGAAGCUUUCAUUUUAUCAAAGGUCGGUCAAAUCAUCGCUCGUACUUUAUUCUUUUCCACAAAUCCAACGUGCAUUUACAGCUUCCUGAAAUCAAGAGGAUCGCCCAAAUGCAAUGUGGGAAGACAAGAGAAGAGUGCUUCGGUAAAUCUACACAUCUCAUUCCAAAAUGGCCAAACAUUUUGUUAUUCGUUUGUCUUUAUGCUAAUCACCCUCGAUACCUUGCUUUAAGGUAAAAUUUCUUUUGAAUUCUGCAAAGGCAAUCGAAGCAAAGAGGGCUAAUUAACAAAAAUAACCGACAUUUUGACUCAGACGAUACACGACUGUUAAACUGUGACAAUUGAAACGCACCAAUGACAUUACGAGUCUUCAUAGCCAAUAACAUCACGGCUUAACUGACAGACGGCCGAUAACAUCGCGACUUUAUUGACCAAUCAGGUCAAUAACCAUAGUUUAAUACCAUCAACUGACGUGAUACAACUCACUUUGACUCUGAAGAUUAUUACCGAACGGGUUGUCGAAACGUCAGUGACUGUCAACAACAGUCCUCUUCAUGCCAGGACUACGUUCACCCGCACGAUCAUGCUCAACCUACUUAUGAAAUGACUUCUGGGUUCAAACCUUUCACAAAAGUAGUAAAAGAUGUCUAGUUAUUUCGCGACCAGGUUCAAACGCACCUUCAUUAAAGUACAGGACCUAAUUGAUCGAUAAGACGAGAUAAGGAAGUGGUGUUUUACGUUUCUGUAGUUUGGUUUGGCAAUUUCAGUUUUGCACGGCACGAUGUCGCAUUGUUAGGCUUGCCUCUCCAGCCGUGGAGGCCUUGUCGCGCAAUGUUUGAACUGAGCCUUAACCACUUUAAUGUCACUAUUAUAUAUUCUUCGCUUCUUAGCUGACUGUCCGAGUGGUUCAUUCGCAACAAUGAACAGAACGUGUCUUCUGUGUCCUCGCGGUACAUACCAACCUUCAAGAGCUCAGCUAUCUUGCAUAUCAUGUGGUCAAAACCUGACUACCGCAACAACUGGAGCGGUGAACAAUAAACUCUGCAUUGGUAAGUUCAAGGUAUUAAAAAGAUUGGGUUAGGCCUUAUAACCUCCAAUUGACACCGUGGAGAGAUGAGAAUGUCACCGCGGGUUAAGGUCUUCGUAGGGUCAAAGUCCUUCCAUGAUUUAGGAACAAGAUUAGAUUUGCGAAAAAAGGUGUAAAAUUAGGCUCGCCUCUCCAGCCGUGGAGGCCUUGUCGCACAAUGUUUGAACUGAGCCUUAACCACUUUAAUGCCACUAUUAUAUAUUCUUCGCUUCUUAGCUGACUGUCCGAGUGGUUCAUUCGCAACAAUGAACAGAACGUGUCUUCUGUGUCCUCGCGGUACAUACCAACCUUCAAGAGCUCAGCUAUCUUGCAUAUCAUGUGGUCAAAACCUGACUACCGCAACAACUGGAGCGGUGAACAAUAAGCUCUGCAUUGGUAAGUUCAAGGUAUUAAAAAGAUUGGGUUAGGCCUUAUAACCUCCAAUUGACACCGUGGAGAGAUGAGAAUGUCACCGCGGGUUAAGGUCUUCGUAGGGUCAAAGUCCUUCCAUGAUUUAGGAACAAGAUUAGAUUUGCGAAAAAAUGUGUAAAAUUAGGCUCGCCUCUCCAGCCGUGGAGGCCUUGUCGCACAAUGUUUGAACUGAGCCUUAACCACUUUAAUGUCACUAUUAUAUAUUCUUCGCUUCUUAGCUGACUGUCCGAGUGGUUCAUUCGCAACAAUGAACAGAACGUGUCUUCUGUGUCCUCGCGGUACAUACCAACCUUCAAGAGCUCAGCUAUCUUGCAUAUCAUGUGGUCAAAACCUGACUACCGCAACAACUGGAGCGGUGAACAAUAAGCUCUGCAUUGGUAAGUUCAAGGUAUUAAAAAGAUUGGGUUAGGCCUUAUAACCUCCAAUUGACACCGUGGAGAGAUGAGAAUGUCACCGCGGGUUAAGGUCUUCAUAGGGUCAAAGUCCUUCCCUGAUUUAGGAACAAGAUUAGAUUUGCGAAAAAAGGUGUAAAACCCAAUUAACAUCGCAGCCCAGAAUCCCGCGUCAGAAGUUGCUAUAAGCUGGGGAUGAAUCCGCAAUAGGAUCUCCGGGGUGAAAGGCAAUUUCUGUUCCUGAGUGUCACCGAGAAUGCGGCGAAGACAACGAAUUGUAAGUCUAAUGGAAAAUACAUCUUGAAACGUAACAUGGACAAAAUGCCGGUCUAGAACAUUUAUGGCAGACAGCUAGUUAAUAAUCGUACUGUAUUUGCAGUAAGACGAGAAAUAUACUAGAAACCUUAUUACUAUUAUCCAAUCCUAUACGUCUUUUGAGGGAUUUAGGUUGCAAUUGGGAAGAAAAUUCUGUUACCAUCCCCUGUCACCCUCCUCCCCCUCUCCUCAUUUACGUUUCGUUGUUCUCAUUCAUCAUUAGCGACCAUACGAUCCGACAAAGACGACGUCAAUGAAAACAAAUAGACUUCGCAUCCUUUAAAACUAUUCUGCGAUUAUCCCAAAUCGCCCUGUUACUUGAAGGAAGAUAAUUUUUGGAACUGAAGAGAGGGGACCGCACCUGAUGGGAGUUCAGACGGAGAUGGUAUAAUUUAUCGCCUUACUGUUUCCGUUCUCAAGUACAGGGUUGUGCAGGGAAGGCAAAGAAAUUGACAAAAAAAGCAUGAUGUACGUGCAGAGUUGCUGGUUUGCUCAUUAAACCCAUUGCUUUUUUGACGUUCCCGUUGCCGUCGCCGUCGCCGUCGCCGUUAUAAUUUUGUAAAGUUCUAUUGUAAUUUUUGUGGCGAAUGUAUUAAACUAAACUAAUUCUAACCUUUUGCGCGACACGACAUGUAAUUAACAAUUAUUCCUCGAGCCCGAAUGGGCUCUGAGUUUCGGCCUCAUGGGCUAUUGACUCAGAGGCCAUGAGGGCGAGAGGAAUAAUUAGUAGUAAAAUCCAACUAGUUGGUCAAAAAUAUCGAGAAUAAAAAAAAUUUACCUAGUUAAAGCUAGACUUUAAUCCUUUUUUGCCGCCAAAAAGCCCGCGCUUUUCGCUACUAGGGGGAUAUAACCUAUAGCCUAGUAGUAGCUCAACCAAUCAGAACGCAGCGUUGACAAUAGACCAUUGGUUGGAUUUUACUAAUAUGCAAUAUGCACGAUUUGCGCGCCAAGAAUCAGUGAACCGGGGUUGGAACAAUUUCAUUUCUGCAAUGGACAAUGAAAGCGCGGAAGGAGUUAGAACUUGCAUAAUUAUCAAAAGUAGGUUGAGUUUGAUCGUCCGGGUGAACGUAGUCCUGAAUAGGAAUGUUGUUGUUGACAGUGACUGACGUUUCGACAACCUGUGCGGUAGUCAUCUUCAGGGUCAAAGUGAGUUGUAUCACGUCAGUUGAUGGCAUUUUACUCUGGUUAUUGAUCUGAUUGGUCAAAUACGUCGCGAUGUUAUUGGUCGUCUGUCAGUUAAUCCGUGAUGUUAUUGGCUAUGAAGACUCGUAAUCAGUAAUUGGUGCGUUUCGAUCCGUCUAUUGUCACAGUUAAACAGUCGUCUAUUGUUAGUCGAAUUGUCAGUUCUCCAGUCGUUCUCUCGUAGUUAGUUUUGCUUCAUCUCGUCAAUAAGUCGUUUGUACGGCGCUGGUAACUGUUGGCUACGAUUCAGUGGCGUUUGUUCUAAGUUAGUAAACCAGUUUUCUAAAGUAAGACGUUGAUAGUAGUCUGUAGAAUACGUUAUACAUGUCGCAGAGUCCCAGUCAAUUUGAUGUUUCGUCUGCAAAUGGUUCUCAGCAAUGUGAUUUAAUGUCACCAUUACCAGCUACGUUCACCCGGACGAUCAAACUCAACCUACUUUUGAAAUGACUCCUGGGUUCAAACCUUUCACAGUUUCGCAUAAUUAUGUUACGGUUCAGUGGUGCUAACUCACAGGUGAGGUUGUGCUUAUUUCUUGGCCAUUUCGAAGCUUUUCCCCUAAAACAGUAGCUACUUGGCUACGUGGCUACGCGGCUACGUGAGUACAAGUAGCUGCGUAGUCCAUGGGUUAGGUUAGGGUUAGAGUUGCGAUUCAGAUUAGGGUUAUGGUUAUGUUAGCCGCGUAGCCGCGCAGCCCCUUAGGGUUAAAGUUACUGUUAGAGCCACGUAGCCACUUAGAGUUAAAGUUAGAGUUAGGGAUAGCUGCAUAGCCGCGUAGCCACGUAGCCACUUAGGGUCAAAGUUAUAGUUAGGGAUAGCUGCAUAGCCGCGUAGCCACUUAGGGCUAAAGUUAGAUUAGGGAUAGCUGCGUAGCUGUGUAGCCUCGUAGCCACUUAGGGUUAAAGUUAGAGUUAGGGAUAGCUGCGUAGCCACGUAGCCACUACUAUAGGGGUAUAGCUUCAAAAUGGCCUGGUAUUCUGCAGUUACUCCAAUAUCUGUUCGGAGAUGCAGAAAUUGCCUAGAAUUUUCUAUAGCUUGGGAAAGGCUAAACAUUUCUAGAUGACAGUUCCACUCAUGUACAAUUUUCGUAACAUAUCUAAUAGAUUCCCUACUAUUUUCUAAAGUAUAAUUUUCGCAUUUCAGCACCCAGGAUAGCCUUUUUUCGUAGAAGAAGGAAACCUAAAAUUUUCGGAUUCAAAGAGGCGAUGGAGAGAGGAAUCAGAAAAAUUCUUACUUUCGUAAAACUUAAAAUUGCAUCUUAAAUUUUCGGGAAAAUAAUACGGAGGCCCUUGUAAUUUCGCAAAGACUCAAGUUGCCCUAGGACGACCGAACAGUUACAAAUUUUAUAGCGCCGCUUAGAAUGCAUUUCUAGAGAUCUGAAAGCACUCUGGAUAGCCUAAAGAGUGUUUUCAAUGCAUUUAGGAGGAAACCGUCGUUGGGUGCCCCUGUUGGACUAUGUCCUUGAAGUACGCAGUGUAGUCGAUUAUUAAAGAUAAAUCAAUACAUUUAGUUGUCAAACAACUGUAAAUUAGACCGAUAUCCGGCCGUAUGAUUGUCAUCCGCGAUCAAAGUUCACCUUAAAAUCUUGCACUAAGUACAGCACAGCUUCCAGGAACUUUAUCACAGUACAGAGUAUCCGUUAAAUCUAAAUCGUUAACAAACUUUGCGCAAGUCUUACAAACCUCUAUUAAGCGGACACCCCCCGUUAAGCAGACACUUGGG